AUGCCUGGAUUACAUCAAAUGUUAAACACCAUUUACGAGGCUGAUUCCGCUUCUUCUACAGAUGGCAUCAGGCGAGGCGAGCCGGGGCUAAGGUUCGGCCACAAGACCAGUGCCACAGGAGCAGGUAAGGGUCCUACUGUUUUAUUCUGUUUUUUUUUGGGGGAGGGGGUUAACGGAGGUGCAUGGGAAUAGGAAUUAUACUGCUUUUGUCAUCGAAAUCUUUAAGAAUUAGUCAUUAGUGUGGGGAUGGUGUAGGUAUGGAAAUGACAAGAGAAAAAUAAGGAUUCUAUUGUGAUAUAGGGUAUCAGUGCAGUAUGCCCUUGUGCCCUAUGCUAUAAUGUGACGGGCACCAGAAUCUGAGGGGUUUGGAAGUCUGGUCUUUUGUUGUGACUGCCAUCAAAGACUUCUACCCUUUUAGCCUUAUCCUCUGACACUUAAUGACACCUGAUAAUAGACACAUUGGCUCUGUCCACCACAUCUGAGAUGCCAGUUAGACAUUCAAGGCUUAUCAGCCAUUAAGGGUGGUGACAGAUCUGAAUGGAGGCUAUCAUUCACACACUUCAGACUGUCAGGACAGCAGCUCACAUUGAGAGAGUGGACAGUUGACUUUGGGCAUGAAGGGGUGCCAUACAACCUAUAGCCUGCAAGCCCCUGGGUGAAAUUAAAGCAGAAACAGGAUGGACCUGUGACCUCUAAAGCCUGCUUUUCCUGCCCCACAUAGUCUACUGUGCUUUGCAUGAGGAUGUUAACCCCUAUGUGCCAGAGAAAUGUUCGCUUUACACUCCUGCACAUGUAUGAAUAGAUUUGAAAUAAUUAAAGGAGGAAUAGACAACUGGUUGAACCCCAGGUGUUGAUUUAAUAUGGCAAAGCAUCAUGGGAGUUGUAGUUUCACAAAAUCUGAAAAUCUACUAUUUGGUAAUAAAGGAAUUCAAAUAUAUUUGGUAAUAACCUUCAUGUGACCUAUUCAGUCAUGUUUCCCUUUCAGUGCAGCAUAUCUGUUGAAAGCAAAGAGUUUUUUUUAAAGGUGGUAUAUAAUUUACUAAACAGGGAAAUGUUUAUGCCUAAACCCCAUACUUGUUAUAAAGUCCAUGCACAAACAAUAUUGCAAGGCCCCAGUUAUAGUGUAAUCCUUACUGUCUCCCACAGACUUUUUAAAAUUCUAAAUUUCAAACUGUUAAUGUUCCAGUCAGCAUUAACCUCUACAGAUAGGAAACAACAGGCACAAUAUUUUUACAAAUACUUCAAGUAACUUAAAAUACCAAGCACAGGGCACUCUAUGUAUUUUUGGUUAAGUAUUAUCUACAUUUUUUGUUUCUAUCUGUUUAGAAAAAAGGUUUUUAAUGUGUAUGAGAAAUUGAGAAUAGUCUAAGUUCUCCUGACAAAUUUUGAAUUAGAAACCUUUGAUAUUAAUGAGAAUCAAGGGUUAGGUAUUUUUUUUUUUUUUUAACUUCGCAGGUAACGGUGGCCUAAAAACCAACUUAAAAAAUGUAAGCUAACCUACACACAUUGGAUAACAUUCCUAUUCAUCAGAGGUGGAAUUUUCUUUAGAAAUACUUUUUUUAGGGAAAAUGUUAUAAUUUAGUUCUCAUAUUUUAAUGCCAUGUUAUUUAGUGAAUAGGGUUCUUUGCUUGUUUGUGGCCUAAAAUUAUUUGUUAGAAGGGGAGAAAGACACAUGCAAGUCUGUUUGCUAACCCAAACCAUUUUUUCUGCAUAAAUGAUGCUAUUUUAAAUGUGUUAUUUUCAGAACAAAACCAUAAACAAUCUAAAAAAAAAGACUGUAGCAAAUGUGUUAACCGGACACAUCUGUACUACCUAAGAGGUUGAGGAAGUGGUGUGUAUGCAGUGCUCCCUUACCUAAAUGAGUAGCAUAUUCUUGCUAAUGAUUACUCAUAACUAGCCAGAAGGCAAGAAAUACAUUACAUCUGGCAUUGAAUUGGUUAAUGUGUGAUUGACAUGUAACUAACACAUCUGUUAUUGAUCAUUCUAAUAUGCCGAUUAUUGUUUUUUUAAAGUAGCCCUUCAUCAUGUUAGCUCAACCUAUUUCUGUGAAUGGCUUUAACUACAUUAUGACAAAGGGAUAGAUACAUUCCUUUGUAUUAUGAAUUCCCAGGCAAGUUAUUUGUUUCAAAGUGGCUAAAUCAAUACCAUAAAAACAUUAUAUUUCUUUUAAAAAUAUUUUAUUAGCACAUGGUGCAAAAAAAGAAAAAAAAAAGAUAAUCAUUUGGGCUUCUUUCAGAGUCAUUCCUAUGAAAAACUUUGCUUCCAAGAAGUUUGGCUCGGUGUAUCUUUAAGACAUCCUGCAAUAGAGGGCGUGAACAAUACAUGUUGAUACUUUUCAAUCUAUCAGAUUUUAGGCACUUCCUCCUUCGGACAAUUAUUUUUAUUUACAGAACUUCCUGCCCUGGGAGUCUUUUCUAACACAUGCUUGCCUGCACAGUCUGAAUAUGGUAUAUGAAUAGUCCUGCAGCUCUACAUUGCAGCACAUAGCUAUGUAGUAAAAACAUUCAUAAUUGUAACCCUGCAAGUGCCAGGCGGCUGAGCAACGACAUUCUUUAUGCUCGUCUACCGUAGUCAUACUGAACGUAAUCAUUUACAUUUUCACUAUUACAAGGGCUUGUGUAAUAUUAAAAAAAAAAAAACUUAAGAGAAAAUUACACAGUUGUGAAGUAAAAAAUAGUUUGUAGAAUUUACACAAUGCAUUUCAUAGAAUAAAUAUGAUUGCAUUAUACACUAAAUAUUGAUUUGAACAACAAAUCAGAACAGAUAUUUUUGAAAAUAUUUUUUUACAACUCAGUAGUUUUGGUUUUGCUGUUUGGUUUUCAAUCCACCACAAUUCAGUGAAUAAUCCCACAAGAGUGUUUUGUCAGACUUGUCUCGGAGCGAAGUCAUCAUUAAAAUGACUGAGAAAUUAAAGGAAAACUGUCACUAAAAUCUAUAUUUUUUUCUUUGUUCAUAUGUGUUUAUUUGAGCCUUUCUGUGUAAUUUUACAAUUUUUGUGGCGACCUUUUCAUAUUGACUUCUGGAGCACUGGAAUCUUAAGUGAUCUGUGGACCUGAAUGAAGAUCACUAUUGUAUGCCUGGAAUAGUGCGCAUUCACAGUACAAUGAUGUCAGCAGUCAUCGCUAAGUGUGCAUGCACAAUUUAUUCAUUAGAAACCAACUCAAGCUUCAACGCUGAGAUUACUGCAAACGUAGUUUAGAGUUUCCUCUGAUAACCGUGAAAAACAGGUACAAAAUGUUUAUUAUUACACAGAUAUACACAUGCAUUAAAAUAAUUAAUCAGCAUUAAAUCAACACAAAUAAGAUUAGUAAAUUCACAGAAGACUUACUGCCAUGGUUGGGCCCCAGUGCAUCGAGCCAUUUUUGUGUAUUUUAUUACUUUAGGCAGUUAGUCAAUGAGCCCAGCAGUGGUUUAUGCAGUGAACUGUGAAUUGUCAACACAAAUGCUGAUGUUCGUUACAAACUGUAACUGGACAAAAACCGUCAGCUAUUCAAUAAAUGCAAAUCAUUGUCAAAUGUCUGUUUGUCUCCAUGCUUUCAUGCCGCAUACUGUCCAUUUUGGCACGCCAGAAAACAAAAUUACAGGUUGUUCUUUUUUUAUGUGAAUCGCCGUAAUUCUAAUACUCAUCAACAUCUUCUUUGCCCUGCAUUCCUAAGUAAGACCCACAGUGUUAUUCAGGAUCACAGUUAUUCGAUAUAGCCCAAUUGAUCCCUGGCCCAGAAAGCAAGAAUUAUCCGGAAGCAUUCUGGUGCAUUCAGAGGCAAAGGAAACCCACAAAAAAAACAGACAUUGUUCCCAAAAUGAUCGGUGUCUGAAUUUUGCCAUACAGCUUGUAAGUGGACAUGAAUGUUAACUGAAUUUUAGCCUUUCCAGAUUCUACUGGAUGAACAGCUGAAAUCCAGAACGGAUAGAAUACGCAAACAAGCUCAGUCACAUUGGUUUGGGCAAGAGGGACUCAAACUGUGACUCUCCUGAUCUUGUCUUACUCAUUUUAGACCUCCUGACUGCCCUGAAAAUGUGUUGCAGAAUGAGGAUGGAACCGAUUCCUCUGUCUGAAUAGGAGAUUCUAGACACUAUGGUUUCUUGCCUUUUUAUUUUCUGUUUCACAUGGAAGCCCAGGAUUUGCUCAUCAAUAACCACUUUAGCAAUUCUUCUCCAUGGCUUUCGUUUGGGGAAAUUCCAAUAUUUGUCUUUUCUUAAAGUUUGAUGAAUUGCUUUUUUUUUUUUAAAUUCAUUUUCAAUGUAGCUGUCAUGUUUACUGUGAAAUUCAGUUGAAUUGGGAGAAAAACACGAACAGAAUUAACUUGCAUUUUACCAGCCAAUUUUCCAGCUGCAUAUGCAUGUGAAUAUAUCCCAUAGUCUGUUCCUUCUAUUUACGGAAUUAGCUAGCGAUAUGCUUUGAUACACAUUUUGCACUUGUUGAAAUCGUGAUAUAUUUAAAAUUACAAAACAAAUUGUCUUUUGUGAAUUUGACUCCUUGCAUCUCGAACAUGACCUACUUUUCUGUGGUUUAAAGCUACUUUAACAAACGUUAGCAAUUGCAGGCCUGAACUUUCUAACUUUCUUUCAUUGUACUCUUUUUGCAGCCUGUUUUUCUUUGUACUCUUUGUGUUAUGAUAAAAGACUUGAUUUUUGAUACCAGCUUCUACCCAGCUGUAGACUCCUAUGAUAGGCGAGUCUAUUAUUCUGCAUGGUAACCUGCUCAAAUUUCUAAAUACUGCCUCUGAUGAAGAACAAAGGCUGGCUUUUUAAAAAGCACACAUAAAGGACUUGUUCACACAUGCACCUUGGUUGGUAGUGUAUAAUUUAAAUGAACUAAUUAGGAAAUAGAUGCAGAUAUAAAUAGUUUUUUGAUGCUUCUGACAGCUUUUUUCACUUUUACUGCCUAUGUAUACUUCACACAAUGUAUUAAAUGGUUCUCAGAGAGAAGGCGUCUCCUCAGUAACUUUUUCAGUAACCUUUUACUGAGGAUGCAUUGGUUGCGACAUCUCGCAGGGAAUAUAUUAGGAUUGACAAUAAAAUAUUUGCCUGCAAAAUUAUUAAAUUUUUUGUAUAAUGUAUAUUUGUUUUUCAAAACAUCAACAUUUCAAUCCGUUCCAUAUUAAUUAACUUUACCAACAGUUCAGUUAGCUGGAAAUGUACCUUAUAAAGUAGAAGAUCCUGUCAUGGCCCUGUGCUUUCUGAUCAUUCCCCCUAAAAUGCCUGUGUUGUGGGAUGCAGGAAGGUAAAAUAAUCCACUUUAUGGAGGAUCAGGAAUGUUGAAAUCCCACUCAACGUCACUAAACAAACAAACGAUCUUUCAGUAAGUAAAAAAAAAAAAAAUGAAUAAAGAAUGAAGUAAUUUUAUUUACCCAGCCCUAAACAUGUUUGAAUAGUCAAGUCAAUAAGUAAUAAAGCAGAAAGUAUUAAAAUAAACACUGAGCAGGGGAAUCACAACAUAUAAUAAUCUAUUACUCAUCCAAACAAUGACUUUGCCCCUUGCCUUAUCUCUGUAAAAAAGUUAUCAACUAGUUCUAUUUCUGGAACCUUAAUGAAUAAAGAUUAUAGAAGUAAACAAUGCUGCAGUGACUUCCUGUUCGAUGUUUGGUUACAGUGUACUAUUUCCAAUAAUACAAUGCUGUACCAGAUCUUUGACCCAUGGUACACUCGUCAGUCUUGUAUUGUACAUGUAAUAUAGAGCACAGCAGAAGGUAUUUGUCCUUUGUCUGUGCGUAAUAGUGAAAUGAUGAGACCAUAUCAAGUUUUUGUUAUUUUUCUUCUUAACGUAGCAACACAUACUAAAACCGUCAGACACCAUAUUUAAAUAACUUGUAUAUGCGCUUGGGGGAUAAAACGUUAAGUAUAGUCCUGUUCCCAAGAGCAUACGCCAGAUGGCUUUAGCAUACUACAAAUUCCAGUGCCUGCCUUUAGUACAUAGCAUGCUCACUGGAGUCCUGUAGUUCUCAUGAGGCUAACAAAAGGUUUUCUACGACACCAAGUAAGGCCAAAGCUGUGAAUAUGCCCAUUUAAUCAGGAUGGAAAUACUUAAUUAGUAGAAUCUUGAUAAUGUUUGAAAUACCUUUACGACUACAUCUUUAUUUAUUGUUGUUAUUCAUUGUAUUAUUUUGCCUGAAUAUUUAUUAAACGUUUACACUGCAAUAUUAUUUAGCAAAUUAAUUCACUUUUAUUUUAUCAAUGCUUCUUUAAAAAAGAAAACAAAAACCUAUUGUGAAAUGUACAAAAAAGUUUCACAUAGGAAAUACUGGUUAUUACUGUCUCGAGAACCUAAACCCAUUCACAUGAGUCUGAUCAUAAAGAUGAAGAACACUGUAGGGCUUAUUCUCCUUUUAAAAAGGGUAUAUUGCAAAUUAUUGGAUAUUGUCUAGGCAAGACAAAUAGCAAGACACAGUGAACUCUAGAUCACUCCUUACACAGGCAAUACUGGUGUCUCUCAGAGAUGACACUAUCUUAGACAGCUUUCAGUUUGGCAGUUGGGAAAGAUGUAUUCUAACAGAUAGGUGAUUCAAAGGGAAUUUUAAAUUAAAGGCACACUAUAGUCACCAGAACCACUACAGCUUAAAGUAGUGGUUCUGGUGUCUACUCCCUGUCCCUGCAGGCAUUUUUAAUGUAAACACUGCCUUUUCAGAGAAAGUGCUCUGUUUACAUAGCUCCCACUGACACAUCCGAUAGAGGUGCUUCCUGUGUUAGUGCUUCACAGUGUGCAGCACUGGCGUUCAGCCUCUCCACCCUCUGCAUGGAGAUACUGAACCUUCCCCUUAGAAAUGCAUUGAUUCAGUGCAUUUCUAUGAGGAUAUGCUGAUUGGUGCAACGUUUUGACGUGUAUGUGCAAUAGCCUCCCAAUGUUUUUUUAUGGGAAAGCAUUGGAUUGGCUGAGAUUGUCAAAUAUGAUGAUCUAAGCCAAGGAGACGGAGCCAUCCACAGCCAGACUGGGGCCUUGCUGGAAAUAAGGUGAGUAAAAUAACUUUUUAACAGAAGGAAAGGGUUACUGGGGACCUAAAAUGUGUUUUUACAACUAUAAUGUCAGAAAUGCAUUUGUAUUCCUGACACUAUAGUGUUUUUUUUAAAAGUUUAAAUAACCAAACAAAAAAAAUAUCCUAAAUUAGCUAUGCUUUCAGUUCGGCUACUCUGGGAUUAAAUUUGAAAUUCUAUUUGAAUGCAUUUGAAUGCAAUUACCCUGAUAUUAAAAUUCUACAAGUUAACAGUAGAAACAACUAAAAAGAUGUUUAGCAUGGUUGAUGAGAUAUUGAAAGUGAUUGUAAGGCCAUUUGAGCAGGGUCCUCAGCAACCUCUUGUUUCUUGUUUUACUUGUUUGUUUCAAAGUUGUUUUCAGAUAUACGCUCACAUUAAAAUUGUAAAGUGCUGAAGAAUAGGUUGGCUUUAUAUAAAAGCCAAUAAUAAUAAUAGAAAUGUAGAAUUAAUCGCUGGGUUCUAAUGUUGAUUUCAUUAUACAUAAUUCAUUUCUUGAUGGAUUCUUUAAAACAGGGUCAGCCAAAAAAAAAAAAAAAACAGAGGCAGUGAAAAGGUAGGCUCACAGCUGUUGUAGAACUACAGCUCCCAUGAUGCUUUGCUACCCUUAAGGCUCCUACCAUAAAAUAAAACCCCACAGUAGGAAUUUCCAUCCCAGCCGUUGAAGCAGAGGGAAUGUUUUGUUUGUUUGUUUCUAGACUGAACAUUAAAGGGUUAAAUAGAGAUUUCUGUGUGUGUGUGUGUGUUAAGUAUGGAGAGUUAGAAAAUCUUUUUUUGGUUUUGUAUAAACAGGUUAUUUGAAGCCUGCCGUGUGCUCACCUCUAGAUCUUCCCAAGAGAUUGUGGGUCAUGUCUGCAAAGCAGAGCACACAGCUGUUUAGCAGUUACCUAAAUGCUGCGUGUCGGUUUUAGAUACCCAACGAUGUCAGCACACUUGUACCUCCACCAAUAGGCUUUUUACUCUGCAUAUACGCUGAUUAUAUCUAGCAGGCCAAGUGUAAAAAAAAAAAUGAACACAAAACAAAAAAACCCCAGAACAAAUUUAGAACUAGUGACUUUCUCACAUCCGAUACUGGUAUACUGGUAUAUACCGGUAAGAGACAAUGUCCUUACCACAACAUUAAUCAUUCAUUCUAUCAGAUAGGGCUUUAAAAUGCUUCCCAGCAGUGUGUGGGACUCCUCUAUUCUUGGUGUGAAAUCACUUUCUUUGUAAUCCUGCCUGGUUGUUAAUGAAAUGAUGUCAUAUUCUGCAGUGCACCUUAUGAAUUACACAUUCGGCAAGGCAGCAUUUUCAUGCCGUUCCCCACGGAAUAAAGAAAUGACAAUUAUCCGAGCAAAACUCUUUUCCAGCUGUGCUAUUUUGCCUAACAUUUGUUCCCCCCCUUUACACUGAAUAAACCUUAACUGAUAUUUGACGUCAACUCCCAACUACUGCAACAUGACUAUACCUUGCUGAACAUAAUGAUAGUUGCAGAACAAAAAAAAUAAGUUCUUCAGUUUUCCAAUGCUAUGUUUAAAGUAGGUCCCUCGCCCUCCCUGAACACACAUUUAUUGCCUCUAUUGAUUACUAAACUUCACUUCAUCUGAACAAAAACUUUGUUCAGGUAGUAAAUAUUCGGAAAAAUCUACAGAGAGUGAAAAUGUGCCAAUCAGUGUACUGCAAAAUAUAUGUAAUAAUAUAGGUAUUAUGUAUAUAUUUUGUAUUACAACGGUGCAUUUCAUGCCAUUUGGUUCAUAGAGCACGUGAGGAAAAAAGAGGAUGAGCAGUAAUGUAUAAUUUUAUAUGUAUAUAUUUAAUAAAUACUGUAUAUAAUAUAUAAAUAUAGAUUUAUUUCAUUUUUUUUAUUCUCCUCUUUUUAUCCCGUCUACUGGCCACUUCUCAAUUGAUCUUGUGAAUAAAACCAACUUUUAAUGGCUGUGCCAUAAAUCAUCUCUUUUUCCAUCAAUCCUUUUUUAUUUGUUUUAUUUUUUGCGUCGCGGAGGGAACUUUGAAUAAUGAGUCAAACAAGCAUGCUUGUCUAUUGUGCAAGUGGUUUGUUUGGUUAUAUGUCCAUAUUGGGCUUUGUAAUUAUGGAAUUCAGAUGAUCCGUCAAUGACCCUAAAUUCUGAUGAACUGCAAUUAAGAUAAAAACCAAUGUGCAAGUCUAUUCAUUAAUGUAUCUACUUGUGAUUAGCAUUUUUUUUGCUCUGUGCUGGUCUGCCAGUAGAUGUUUCUUUGUAUCUAAUCAUAGUGAAUCAGGAAUUAAUUGAAAGGUAAACACUUUUCCAUGAACUGGAGUCCACCCAGUAACCAUCUACCUGCCAUCUGUAUCAGGGUGGUACCUAAUAAUGCAUGAAAUCAAAUGUUGGCUAACAAUACCCUGAAGGUGUUAUAUCCAGUAUUAUCUAAUGAGAUCUAGUAUUAAAGGUUGGGAAAUAUAAUAGUAAACUCAUAGAUGAACACACCCUCUAACACUUUCACAAUUGUUUAUUUGAUCAUCUGCUUAUUUGUUAUUGUAGCACAGUACCUAGGCUGCAAUUGACAUAAUGAUGUUUUCUGCUUAAAAAAAGGGUCUGUAAUUUCUGUCUUGUCAAAUGGAACACAGUGGUUUGGAUUUAAUAGAAAAGUGUCCAAAAAUACUAUCGGUAGUUUUAGUGAUGUCAAACAUUAUUCAUUCCAAGAUUUGUGGACAAAAACAUGCAUAGCAGGGAAUCACGGAAAAUAAACUGCAAUGACUGGAUUGCCAUAAAGUAUGGUGUAUUUCAACCAGGAGCAUAAUUAGGAUGUUUUAAUGAUGUCUGUAACAUGCACAUUGCUAAUUUGUUAUAAAAUGUAAUAUUCAUACCGGAACAUUGUUAAACUAUGCUGCCUGCAUAGUAUUGUCUCGGGUCAAUGAGUGUCUUUCAACAGUGAGUUAAAAUGCCGUGGAUAAUGCUGAAACCGAACGUAAAUUCAUUCUUUUGUUUUGGAAUAUCAUGUUCCAUAGAUAAAGUUACCGGACCAGCCUCUUAACUCAUUGAUAGAUAAUGAGAGGGAUCACACACUACACUGCAUGAGAAAGGUCUGAUCACAUUGCAGACAAAGUGUUAAAUUAUGCUUGUUCUUUAAGGUCUGUUGACCAUACCAGUAAGUGAAAUGUAUAGGCCUUGCACAAAUAAGAUUAGCAAGGUUCCCAAGCUUAGUUGACCCAUGGCACUACAGCUGCUGUUGAACACAAACUCCUUCAUACUUACGGUAGCUGGUAUACCAUAAGACUGUUUUGCCUGCACCUUUCUGCAAAUAUAUUCUGUACCCCAAAUUCUUUACUGGACAAUUCUAGAUGCUGAUAGACAAGGCAUUAAAGUAGGGCUUGACAAUUUUGCUUUGAAUAUAGGAGCCAGCUUAAUAAGUUAGGAGCCAGGUUUUUUUUUUUAACUAUCAAAGCUUUGUUUUAAUGAGAAAAAUUAAAUUCUUAAAGGGACACUAUAGUCACCAGAACCAUUACAUGGGGGGUGCCCAAAAGUUAGAUCCACAGAUGUUGUAGAACUACAAAUCCCAUGGAGCAUCAUGUAAACUGUAGUUUUAAACCAUCUGGAGAUCUACCCUUGGGCGCCCCUGCACUACAGCUUAAUGUAGUAGUUUUGCUGUCUAUAGAAUGCCCGUGUAGGCUUUUCAUUGUAAACACUGUAAAAAAGUGUUUACAUUGCUGCCUAGUAACACCUCUAGUGACAGUCACUCAGAUGGCCACUAGAGGUGAUCCCUAGUCCAGUGCUGCCUACAUUCAGCAUCUUCCAUGGGAAAGCAUUGGAUCAGCAAGAUUGAUUAUCUCAGCCAUUAAGGCUGCAGCAAGACUGGAACGAUGUGAAAUAUACCUUUCCUAUGCGAUUGGAGGGGACACACACACAUAUUCAUUGAAACACAAACACUAACUGACAGACACACACACUCACUCAUAGACACACAUACAUUUUCUCAUACAGUCACAAAUUAUUGUUAUGUGUAUAUAUAUAUAUAUAUAUAUAUAUAUAUAUAUAUAUAUAUAUAUAUAAUUUUAAGUCCACAAACCCUCCCUACCUUUGGGCGAGCUGGAGUAGAUCCUUUCCCUCUGGUCUAGGGGGGAUACUUUCCCUGGGGUCUAGUGUGGCUACUCUGCUCAUCUUAAAGCUGGUCUUGCUCUGCUCUCUCACUCAACGUUUAGUGAUUCCGGGGCUGGAGUGACAUCAUAUUCUGGUUCUCGUGGGCUUGUCUCAGUUCUCCCUCAGCCGGCUGGCUGCUGCCAUACUCAGCCUGCCACCUAAAAUCCUAGGUGGCUGGGAUUUGUCUUGCCCUGCAUCAAAUUACCACUCACACUGCUGGAAGGAAUUCAAUUCAGUCGUCAAGAAUGGAUCUAAACAGAACUGUCAGUUAUCAGAGUAAUCUUGCAUUAUAAGGACAAAGUACAAAGUACCACUUUUUCUUUGCUGUCCACUACCCAUGAAGAAGUGUGUCUAGGAAGAGGUGGUGGAUCAUUACUCAUUAUAAUGGAACUUACACAAGUUACAGCAGAAAUACAAUGUGGCUGUUGCCAACAUGUUUUUAAUAACAAAGUCUGUCUGCAAAUUUAUAAUUCCACAAAUUCUGCCUCAAGGGUACUACAGAAGCCAUGGCUGAGAGCGGUUCUGAACAGCUACAUCUAGUAUAGUAGUUAGAGACAGGUGUGACUAGCUGUUCUCAGAAAUUGCACUUAAUUUUCCAGAGAGAGCUUUCUACACUGCUAAUUAAUUGGUAAGCAAAGCAAUUUUGUCUGGCUUGUUGACAAUGCACAUUCAUUAUAUCAGUGGCUAAUGCAGGUAUCUGCAACUCUGCACGUUUACUCUCUUGCCCUUUGACCUUCUUUGUCCAUAGAAGAGGCCUACUAAUACAUAACAGUUUUUUUUUUUAAAGAAUUGUUUUAAUUGUGUAAAUGCCAAAGGAUGAGCAUCAUAUUACUAAACAAAAAGCUUAAAUCUGCUUUGGUGUGGGGCAGAGAUGGCUAUAUUUAUAUGCACCAUGAAUUUUUGAAACUGCAUGUUCUGUGAGGUUACUAAAGACUUAAAACAGGCUGAGCAUCAUGGGACAUUUAGUUUGUAAACAUGAGUAGUGCCAUAGUUCGCUAUCAUUCCCAUUGUUUAUGUACCAUAACUUGUACUAGAUGUCUAUUUAUCAUAUUUGUUAUAUAGUCCAUGGCCUAGUAGUCUGUAGCUAAUCCUAAUUAUUUAAUAAUUUAUUUUUGUAGAGCAAUUCAGAGAUCAGUUAUUUGCUGAAAGAGAAAUGAAAUUUAAUUUGCUUGGAAAGUGUUUAUUAUAGUGAUAUAUGAUAGUCAAUAUCAUUGAUUAUUAGUAUAUCAUUUUUUUUAGUGCUUACACAGACUGCUUUCUGAACACAUUACUUAAAGGAAUAUUCACAACUGUAUCUAGCCUGGGAUUAUAGAUGGCUUGGAGAAUUUUCACAGAUUUUAGACUUAAUGUUUACAUUUGUAAUUAAAGGACCACUCUAGGCACCCAGACCACUUCAGCUUAAUGAAGUGGUCUGGGUGCCAGGUCCAGCUAGGGUUAACCCAUUUUUUAAUAAACAUAGCAGUUUCAGAGAAACUGCUAUGUUUAUGAAUGGGUUAGGCCUUCCCCCAAAGCCUCUAGCUCUUGCCGCGCGUGCGCAUUCAGCCGACGGGGCGGAACGGAGGAGGAGAGAAGGAGGAGAGCUCCCCGCCCAGCGCUGGAAAAAGGUAAGUUUAAACCCCUUUCCCCCUUCCAGAGCCGGGCGGGAGGGGGACCCUGAGGGUGGGGGCACCCUCAGGGCACUAUAGUGUCAGGAAAACGAGUAUGUUUUCCUGGCACUAUAGUGGUCCUUUAAUUAGAUAACAUUCAGUGGUUUUUGAAUAGCCCUGUAUGACAUUUAUUGCUGUAGAGGAGCCUCAUUAUACACUCAGACACAAUUUACAUUAUUCUAAGUCUUAUUGUUGUAGAAUAACUUUGUGAUACACUCAUACUUGUUUUAUUGCUGUGGAAUUCUGGAAAAUUGGAAAAUUAAUUUACAACAUGUUAGGCAAAUAUAUAGCUAAUCUCCACCAUUCUAGACUUGGCUUUUCUGGUCUAAACGCACAUCAGGUGACUGUACAGUGAGUAAACUCCAAAUAUUUAGAAUUCUGUUGUGUAAAUAGCUACUUAUCCUCUUCAGUUGAUUUCAUGUUCUUUCUUUAUUACAAUAUAAAAUGUACAUCUGGAAGUAACAAAGAGCCAUUGUUCAUAUGCAAUACUAUCCUAAUAAAAUGUUUACCCAGAAUAAUUGGUGAUGUCUACGCAUGAUUACCUAUACCUAAUAUGAUAUCAAGAACUACAUUAAUUUACUUAGGUAAUUACACAUUAUACGGAGAGUUGUAGCACGUUGACAAACAUAGGCAAAAUAUUAGCCGGGUUUGUAAUCUGUUAUGUCCUAAUUUAGCUAUAUUGGUCUAAAUACAUGUGUUACAUGCCUUCAAUAUCAGUAUUGGGCAACCACAGUCUGCAGUUAUUGUUGGAUUGCAACUCUGCCACAAUCAGCCGGCACCCAGAGGCAUGAACUGCCCAACCCUGUCUUAAACAGAGACAUCAUUGAAGUUGAACUUGAUGAACUAGGAUAAAACAUGUGCAUUGGCUUGUUGCUUUUUUGUACGUAUGGGAAAUGUGUUUGUUGAGUCAGAAAACAUAUUUUUCCUUAUUUCAUGUGUAUGUCAGGAGUGAGUGGGCUGUUACUAUGUUUAUUCAAGAUGAGGUUAUACAGACUUCAUAUCUCUGAUAUCAAAAAACAAAUGAUCGUAAGAAUGUUUUUGAAUGUUCACAUUUGUCAGUGCUGCCAGUUGAUCAUUCGUACAGAAUAAAUGAGUAUUUGAGGUAGACAGCAGUCCUACGAAUCUAUAUUUAGUUGUAUUUCCCCAGUACCCCUCACAUCUGGUGUUGAUGUACAUGACAAAACUUCCCCUUUGUACAUUUGGCUCAAUGCUGGAUUUGUUUUGCUCCUGAAUGUCUUUUUUUUCUUUUUUGAGACUUCAUUGUUGUUCGUGUCUCUGUAGGACAAGAGACGCCUGCUGAUGCCUGAUUUCUCUGUAAGAUGAGAGGUAUAUUUAUCAUCUGUUCCUCAGGGAUGUAUGUGCUUUUAGGGUUUCUCGGAAAUCUAUCUGCACACUUUAAAAAACACUUUUAAAAAUAUAUUUCGUAAGCAGGUACUUGUAAAUGUACUAUUUAAUGGAAAUGUGUGAAAUAUCAAAGCGCAGAAAUAAAAUACGACACGUUAGAAUGUUACAUUUAUUCAAGUAAAUGUACAGUUAAAGGAACACUACAUGGUCAGGGAUAUAAAUGUGUUUUCCUGACCCUAUAGUAUUAAAAACACUAUUUAGGUUACCCCCCUCUAAUAUGGCAAAAACUCAUCUUUAUUCCAGUGCCUUGCGGACCUACCAGCGCUGGCCCGCCCUAGGCCCCACCUCUAUGGCCUAAAUCGUCAGAAUUGAUUAUAUCAGUUAAUCCAAUGCAUUCCUAUGGGAAAUUAUUGGAUUGGCUGAGAUUGUCAAUUUUGAUUAUCUCAGCCAAGGAGGCGAGAUGGGAGCACAGCCAAAGACUGCACUGACCAAUCAAUAGAGAUGCAUUGAUUAAAUGCAUCUGAAUGAGAAAUGUUCAGCAUCUCAGAGUGUAGAGACAAUGAAAGACAUGCAGCACACAUCCCAGGAAACACCUCUAAUGGCCAUCUGAGUGACUGCUUGGUAGGUGUCCCUAGCGAGCAAUGUAAGCACUGCCUUUUUUCUGAAAAGGAUGUGCUUACAAGAAAAGGUAAUGCCUGCAUUGAGCUGUAGUUGUUCUAGUGACUAUAGUGUCCUUUAAUAUGAUAAUGAACUUGACUGAGUACCAGUUAUCGGGCAUUGUGCUGCAUUCUGUUUGUGGAUUUUAGGACAUACAUAGGACCUCAAUACACAUCUUUGGCCUCAUUUAAUAUUUUUUGAUAAGCCUUUCCAAAAGGUGACUUCUGUUGAUAAAUCAAUUGGAAAUGUUUUCUAACAGAUUUGAAUAAUUUCAAAAGUGUAUCCAACAUUUUUAUAUCACAGCUUCUGUCUGCUAGUUAAACUCUUCUAUGUUAGCGGUGACUUGGGCUGGUAAACCAGUUAUAGUUAGAGUAGAACUGGAUACAGAAUUCAGAGCAGAGAAAGGCUUUGAUCUCUACCUUGAAUUGAGUUAAGUAAACUUGACAUGAGUCAGCUGACUCUGACUGAGAGCACCAGUAAAGUGUUUGGCAGGAGUGCUGUUUGACUUGGUCUGGUCAUUUCAUGUGAAGACCUGGACUAGAGUCAUCUAGAGUAGUAAUUAUUUUCUACUUCUGGAAUCCAUAAUUGUACAACAAAGUAUCGAUACCACUGAGUAGUAGUGAGAUCAUUCAUGGGCCAAUGAUGAAAAUUACCACUUUAGAAACAAGCUAAGCAAUCAUCCGUGCGUGAACUGGAUCUUACAAAAACAAAUAUAUAUAUAUAUAUAUAUAUAUAUAUAUAUAUAUUUAUUUCUUAGACAUGUGAAAUUGUCCAGAAAGAGUGAGCUAAAAUAUCUUUUAUCCAGGAGCAUUGAGACAAUAUAGUGAUUAUGACAUAGGAAGUUGCUGAACAAGGUAUUUUACUGGAAGCAAACAAUGCAAUACAGAUAACAAAACUCUUGAAGACUUGAUCAUAUACACAUCAAAGGUUUGAAAAGAAUAAUAUAAUAGAAGCUGACAUUAUCGCAAAGUUUUACUAUCUGUUUUUAACUUUGUACACAUUUUAGAUACAUGUGCACUGUAGAAUAACUUUGAAACUGGAUACAUCAUCAAUAUAUCUCUCUUAAAGGGUUUACCCAUUGAUUCAAAGGCCAGUUUGUUACUCCAUGAAAAUGUUAGCCAGGUGUUGCUAGAUUAUUUUCAUGGCUUGGCAGAGGACCAUGGGGUUAAAGUUAAAGAUAAUCUGGGAAUGUAUAGUUUGGAUAUGCUAGCCCUGAUGUGUAUUUGCCUAGUUAUAAUGUAGAAUAAAACAAAAACAAUACUUUCUUUGGAAAAAUAUUGUAUUGGACCUUCUUUGAACAAUAUUUUAAUUCCAUUCUUGACACUGCAUUCCUACUUUAUUUAUUAUGUAUUUAUUAUUUAACUCUCCAUUUAUAUCAUAACAAUAAUAAUAAUAAUAAUUUAUAUCUGUCUAUCAUAAUGGUGGAAGUCAUAAGCAAUUGAUAUAAUUAUUGGGCGUACGCCAGAGGGUUCUGCAACAUCCACUUUUUAGUUUUUUUGAUAAUGGUCAUCAGAAUUCUUCAGUAUCAUUUAUCUUUAUCAUUAAUUUGCAUCUUGCAAAAAAAAAAAUUUAAAAAAAAUUGCAACACAAUUAAUGGUCAAAUAUCAUGCCCACAUUUGCUUGAACUGGUCUGUAUUAAGUUCAGCAUCUUUUUCAAAAGAAAAUAUGGUUGAUCCCAUGGUUACACAGGGGUUCAGUUUUUUUCUGGGUUUAAUUUUAUCAUCUUGAUCAACAGACGUUACAGCCACUUGGUUUGACCGAUGGCUUGACAGAUGGACGAUAACAUGCAAAACAAGAAAGUGGAGCUCGCCCAUCUUCUACUAGGCCAUUCUAGACAUGCUGUGUCAUACUUGUAUUUAGUUAUAAAUUUCCAUUCAUUAAAAACAGAACUGAAAGUGAUAUCACUAUGCUGCAAAUCAUCUGUUUUUUGUUUUUAUUAGGAUGCAAACAUUCUUGUCAUAUGUUGUUGAUACACAACAACUAUUUCCAGACAAUUCAUUUUUUUGGUGUCUUUGAGCUGUACAACCUUAGGGGGAAUUUUUCAAUUGACAUCUGAAACAAAUCUGGAAAGAUAAUACACGACCCUUUAAAAACAAAUGAUCUUUUCUCCCAAGCUACAGUUUCAGCUUAUUAGCACUUCAGGCCUGUGUGGUAUUUAAGUAAAUUUCCAAGGAACAGUGAAGUAUUAAGCAAUUCUAUGAACUUUGCAUGUCCUGUAAACAUUACUUCUUUAACUGCUUUGUUAAUUCUUAUUUUGUUUUUAAAAGGGACACUGUAGGCACCCAGAUCACUUCAGCUCAUUGAGGUGGUCUGGGUGCUGUGUCCCUUUUGCACUUAGUGCUGCAAUGUUAAACUUCGCAGUUCCAGAGAAUGUUUACAUUGCAGCUCUAAGUCUGCCCUCUGUGGCUGUCUACCAGACAGCCACUGGGGGUACUUCUGGGAUCCUAACAGACUUUUGGUCUGUUAUCUGAUGCUGGACGUUCUCACGGACCUCCAGCGUCAGAUUUUCCCCAUAGGUAAGAAUUGAAUAAUGCCUUCCUAUGUGGAGGUCUAAUGCGCGCGCGGCAGGAGGAGGAGCGUGUGCGGAGCCUGAUUCAGCGCCGAGGGACAUCAGCGCUGGAUUCAGGUAAGUGGCUGAAGGGGUUUUACCCCUUCAUCCCCAGGGAGGGGGGCCCCGAGGGAGGGGGGCACUCCAGGAGCCUAUAGUUUGUUUUCCAGGCACUAUAGAAUCUGUGUGAGGAUAUCCAAAUCAUGUAUUGUUAAAAAUAUGUUCUUGUUUAUAUAAUAAUGUGCUAAUAAUAUUACAAAAUAAAAAAGCAGAUUUAACUUGAAAGUUUAAUAAACUGUGUGUAACAAGGAAAAUCAGACCCGACAAUGUGUUUUGUGUGUGUGUUUUUAUGAUGUAUUGUGCCAGUUGCCCAUGAAGACUAUAUUUUAAUACAAGAUAGAAUAUUCAGAUUUAUGCUUCAGCCACUGCACUUAAUUUUGAAAAGAAGUAAAUAAUAGAAAAUAUCGCAGCCAUGAACACUCGUUUCAUCCUCAAGUUAUGUUUUAUGAUAGUUCAUAGUGUGCACUGUUUUAAGGACCUUUGUGCAAGAAGAUACUUCUAUUGGCAGUGGUCGAAUAAGUGAUCUUCAGAUAUAUAUAUAGGAAUUUCAAAAGAUUACCGGCACUCUUCAGUUUGUUCGUUCAAUUUAUUGUUGGUACAUCCUAAAUAGUCAACGAGCUUAACGCUCUGAUCGGGAGCUGAAACAUUGACUAUUUUGGAUGUACCAACAAUAAAUUGAACAAACAAACCGAAGCGUGCCGUAAUCUUUUGAAAUUCCUAUAUUAUUGUGACUUGGCACCAGGUACCAUAUUUUUAUAUUUAUAGUGGGAGUGCAAGAGAUCCAAUUUUUAUAUAUAUAUAUAUAUAUAUAUAUAUAUAUAAUUUUACCAACGCAGUGAUUUUACCAACGCAAUCUAUGAAUUAAAUGCAUUCCUUCCCCGAAGGGGAUCUUGACAUCCAGUCAUUUUGUACAUGACAGUGUCACUGUAUAUACCACAGGUGGCACACUAACCACUAAACGACCAGACUAGAUUGCAGUCACCUAGUAGAAUAUCAUGGAAGGAAGGUGGGUAACAUUUUGAACAUUGGUAAGGUUACCAUUAGUAGCUAUAUGGCAGCCAAGUGCCUGCUUAAAGGGACACUUAAGGUAUUCAGACCACUUCAUCUCAAUUACAUUUUCUGGGUGAAGUGCCUUCUUGAUAGCCACUAGAGAUGGUUCCCCUGUGAGAACCAAGUCAGACUCCGUUAGCUGCUCAUAGAAUUGAUUGGCAGAGCACAACACUUUGUUGCGCAUGUGCAUUAGCCUCACGAUGGCCGAGGGUCUCAGCUAGACAAGCCGCAGAGAGACCAGAACAGCAAGGGUGAAAGGUGAGUACAUUUUACCUUUUUACUUCCCUCGGGGAGAUGCCUAAAAUAGUUAGUAGGACACUGUAGCGUUAGAAAUACUUAACUAUAAUCUUAUCCUUUAAAACUGAAGCAAUGUACUUAUAUGCAUUGUAUUCCUGGUAUAUAGUUUUUGGUAGACUGAGCAGAGCUGCUCUCUAGGCUGUUUUGAUAUCCCUCUAGGGAUAAAUUAAAACUCUAAAAAGUAAAAUACUAUAUUGAGAAGUCAUGUAACCUUCAGUUCUGCACAUUUCAAAGGCCAAUGGGGAUCAAGAGAUAUGAGUGCUUCUUUCCAUGGGAUCAUUGAAUCUCCUAGUGAUGGCUGCUGUGCAUUUUGUGUCUGGUAUCUUGGAUCAUUGCCAGCAGAUUGGAUCUGAGCUAUGGGAAAAAUAUGCUCCUGUGAAGCACUCCUGGGGUUCUUCGUACAAGAGUUAUUUGACAGGAAAAGAUGUCAUAUGGUUGACCUUCGGGCUACUUUGGACUAUUUUGGAUUAAAAUAUUAUUUAAAUCCCUUGAGUAUUGAGUAAAUUAAGGUCUUCUGCACAGGCUUUAACAAUUUGGUUUGUGUACAACUUUAGUUUACGGCUGACAGAAAAAAAUCGUAAAACAUAUAACACAUUGUAUCUAUCUAUCUUUUUGUUUUUUUUGAUAAUGGUCAUCAGAAUUCUUCAGUUUCAUUUAUCUUUAUCAUUAACGUGCAUCUUGCAAAAAAAAAUUGCAACACAAUUAAUGGGCAAAAAUCAUGCCCACAUUUGCUUGAACUUGUCAGUAUUAAGUUCAGCACCUUUUUCAAAGGAAAACAUGGUUGAUCCCAUGGUUACACAGGGGUCCAGUUUUUUACGGGUUUAAUUUUAUCAUCUUGGUCAACAGACGAUCUAUCUAUCUCUAUCGUUUGAAUGAAUGCUUGGCCUAUGGAAAUUUGUUGACUAACACCUUUUAGAUAACACCUUUUAAAUAAGCUUAAUUUGCCCCCUCACAAAGUCGGGCUCUUUCGAUUGCGUUGCUCAUGACAUUAGUUAAUAUUUGAGGCUCUAGAGCUUGAAUAUCUGCCCAGAUAUUCUCCUUGAGCUGCUCAAGUGUACUUGGUUUGUUUACGUACAUCCGCUCCUUCUGAUAUCCCCACAGGAAGUAAUCGGUCAGGCGAACGUGGUUGCCAAUUAAUCUGGGAAUUUCUUGAAAUUAUCUGCUUGCCAAACAGUUGUCUAAGGAAGUCCGUUGUGGCUCUGGCUGUAUGGGCAGUAGCCAAUUCCUGUUGAAAUAACAUUUCAGGAUGAUUUUCUCUUUUUGUCAAAAUGAUGGACCUGCCAUUUUAAAAAUAAAAUUCUACUAUCUUUACUUGUUCAAAUUACCCAUGAUGAAUCUCCCAAGACUGAGUUAUAAUAAGUACCUGCAACAAAAAAAAAAAAAAAUACUAACAAAUAAGUUAUUUACCUGUCAAAUCCUACUCUGAUUUUUUUGUCCACCCUGUACAUAGGUACAGGUGUGUAUAUCUACCUAUCAAUUAUUUUCUUCUGGUGUAUAUGAAUUUUGCAACAAUGCUGUGACAGACAGGAUGUGUCUGUGCUGUGGCCCAUUCUUUUGCUUAAGCCAGCAGAGAUAACACUGCCAGUCAUAGCUUGCUAGGUUCCCAGACAGCAACAAGUCAUGCUGCAUUGACGUACGGCCUUGCCUUUUAUAUCUCCGAUUCGGGCUUGUAUACGUCAUGCCAGUAUAUUUAAACAAACAAACAAAAGAAACAAGUCAGCAGCAUUUGUUCUGCUUUUUGGAUGUAGGAUAAAAGCACUGAUUAGAUUUUUAUUUUAUUUUUUUUAAAUGUUUUAUUAGUGUUUCAAGCCAACUGCAUAUAUUUUUAAAGUAGCAGUAAAUAAGACAGUGGCUUAAUAUGUUCAAUACAUAAGAAACUAAAAAAAGAAACAUAAGAAGUUUUAAACACAUUUGUAGUAACCCAUUAGAAUGAGCUGUUGUUGUUUCCAAGAAUGCACCUGCUCCCCAGCUUUAUGCUUGUCUGCUCAGUAUAUAUUAUUUUAAAUCUCUGUGACAGGUUUUACAGCUGAGGCAGAAAUCUUCAUAUAGCCGAUAGUAAGAUGGCUGCCUCCCUUGUUGAUGGUCGAAAGUAAGAUGGCUGCCUGGAAUGCGCAUUUAUAGGUUACUACAACUCUUGUUCAUACCAAAACGCUGCACAUACAGACUCCAGGUACCAUGACCACUUCAAAUGAGCGCCUUGGCAUUUAGGCUGUUAUCUAUUAUUACAAACAACUUUAGCUAAAUGCAUUACAGUCUAAAAUUGUUUAAUCUCAACAUCAAGACAACUGUAUGUGAAACAAUAAUGAUUAAUUGAUAAUUUAGCAGUUUGGGCUUUAAUUUUCCACAAUGCAAAUGUUAGUGAAUAAUAGAAAUAGAAACAAAAACAAAUAAGAAUGUUUUGAAAGCCAGUCCAACAAGCUUGCAAUCGUAUGAAAAAGUUGUGCUUUGUGAAGGGCCAGUCCGUUUAUUGUGUAGGGAACCUUAGUGUAGGGAACCUUAGUGAUCUAAGGACAAAGUGGAAAGACUGAGGAUGGAAUGGAAAUACUAAAUGGAAAUACUGAGAACGCACUCAGCCUCUAGUAGUAGAAUAAAUACAAAAACUUUGCAGUGAACGCAAUUUUUGUGUUUUUUAUUUUGAACAUUGGUGCUUUCUUUAUUAUAAUUUUAAUGCCUUUGGGAGACAAUGUGUUAAGUUUUCAUAUAAAACUUUUAUUUUUUUUUAAACUUGUGUCAUAAAUAACUCUAGGAUUUUGCAGGACUAUCUAGAGACAGGAAGAGGGGUAGGGAGGGAGAAGCAGGAUGAAGAAAGGGGAGAAAAGCCAUGGGGAGUGGGGGUCUUUGCAGUCACGUAAUUGAUCACUUUUAAAAACAAAUUCCAGAAGUGCUUUGCCACAGGGUAAUCACAUUUUAGCAUGGCAAUGGUGUGUUAGUAGUUUGGUAUACUGCUAUUAAACCAGUACGAGAAACAUUGUUUGUUCUGUACUCAUUCGUGAUGUAUAUGGGGUUUAUUCCCUAAUGCAGUAAUUGUGCAGAAUUGAUAAUGAAUUUUGGAAAUUUUAGGUAACUGGAAGCAGAGCCAGAAAACUAGCGGAGUUAGAGAAAAUUAGGCCGUUAUGUUUUUCCAAGUUGAAUAUAAAUUCCAAUUAUAAAACAAUAAUUUUCCUCCUCAAAGAAUGAUCUUCUUUUGACUAUUGGAAUGCCCAUUAACAGUUUCUGUUUUUCUCUGAUAGCGUAUACUAUGCACACUCCACGUUUGUCUAGAUUAUUAGGUUGAACCUGCUUGUUUCAUUGGUAGGCAGUCCCUAUCCUUUCAUUCCUUCUCUGCAUAGGGACUGCCAACCAAUAAAACAAGCAGGUUCAACCUAAUAAUCUAGACAAACGUGGAGUGUGCAUAGUAUACGCUAUCAGAGAAAUACAGAAACUGUUAAUGGGCAUUCCAAUAGUCAAAAGAAGAUCGUUCAGUAGCAUGUCUCUCCCUUCAAAGUGUUGAGAGGCAGGAAUGAAGAUUUAAUAGAACAGGCUUCUGAUUACUCGUGCUAUGUACUAGGAGCAAUAAUAGUAUACAGAAAAUUAAAGGCAACAAGGGUUAUCCAAAACCAGCUUUAUAUAUUUAUAUUCCUAUCACUGACCCUGUUCCACUACAAUAAAAUGUAGAAAUAUUAAUAAAAAUAGAAAUUUCUCCUCACCCUACUCUAUAAUCCAGUUAUUAUGCAGACUGAGGAUGUUGUACAAUUAAUCUUCAAUAAAAAAUACAAAAAUGUUUAAAACAAUUAUUGGAUAAAUGUCACUUAAAUCCUUUCUGGCUGUAGAAAUAUGCUCCCAAUAUUAUCUUCCCAUACAGCUGCUAAAAACAAUACAAUUAGUAAUAAAAAUAAACAGUUACACAGAAAAACAUGACUCCAAACCUUUCCGCCUAAUGGCUUUUAUUACUCUUGUGUCAAACAUCCCUGGUGCUUUCCAUUCAUAUAAUGAGCAUGAAUGGAGCAACCUUCUUCAUAUGCAUAGCUAUGGGAAAACCCUUUAUACUUACAGGCGUGUGACUUCACACAUGUGUGUGUUCCGCAGGUUCUCUGAUAGCAUGAAGAACAGCAGAUACAAUUUCAUUUAAUAGCACAGAGGUGGUUUAACUUGUUCUGUGUGUUUGAGUUGUGCUAGUAUGCAAAUAUAUUUUACUGGGUCAAGAUAUCAAUGAAAAAUAGGAACAGUAAAAUGAGAUUAGAAGGAAAUGAUAUGAUAAAUGGUAUUGUCGAGAGCUCAGAUUUAUUUCCUUCAUCAUAUCCCUACUUAUUUAUCCCACUUAUUCUGUUGGAAGGUCAAUCUGUGUACACAGAAACAUGUAUUAUUAUAAUUAUUAUUGGUAUUUAAAACAAUAGACAAAAUAUUAUAAAUGUGAACAGGAGAAAGAGGGUACUAAGCUUAGCCAUUACAGUUAAAGUUAUAUCCUUAAAGGACCACUCUAGGCACCCAGACCACUUCAGCUUAAUGAAAUGGUCUGGGUGCCUGGUCCCUCUAGGAUUAACCCUUUUUUUUAUAAACAUAGCAGUUUCAGAGAAACUGCUAUGUUUAUACUGAGGGUUAAUCCAGCCUCCAGAGCCUCUAGUGGCUGUCUCAUUGACAGCCGCUAGAGGCGCUUGCGUGCUUCUCACUGUGAAAAUCACAGUGAGAGCACGCAAGCGUCCAUAGGAAAGCAUUGUAAAUGCUUUCCUAUGCGACCGGCUGAAUGCGCGCGCGGCUCCUGCCGUGCAUGCGCAUUCAGCCGAUGACGUCGCGAGCAAGGAGGAGAGGAGGAGUACAGCUCCCCGCCCAGCGCUGGAGAAAGGUAAGUGUUUAACCCCUUCCUCUCUCCAGAGCCCGGCGGGAGGGGGUCCCUGAGGGUGGGGGCACCCUCAGGGCACUAUAGUGCCAGGAAAACGAGUAUGUUUUCCUGGCACUAUAGUGGUCCUUUAAUUCCUCAUAUAUUAACGUGUGUGUUUCAGACAGUACAGGGGUGGCUAAAAGGUUGAUUUUUAGGCUGGCAAAGCAUAGUGUGAGUUGUAGUAGUAUAGAAACAACUGGGAAUCGACUGUUUCGCCACCCCUGAUUUAGCAUAGUCAGCAUACCUCCUAACAUGUUGGUGGGCUAGGAGUGGUGGAAUGGAAUGGUUGGACCUGUGUGUCAGGUGAGUGUUUAUGGCCCCAGAGCCAUGAAUUUGCUUUGUCCCAGUCACUAUUUCUAUAAGGAGAAUGAAGGGAGGCCCAUACCAGUUCCACUGCUUAGGACAUCUUAAAGGGUUACUCCAGGCACCAUGACCACUUCAGUUAUUUAUAGUGGUUAUGGUGCUUGGAGUCUGUAUGUCCAGCAUUUCGCUAUGAUACACUGCAUAUACAGAGAGUAACUCCAAUGCUCCAUGGUGUAAUUCCAUCUCUGGCAGAGUCAUUGGGGCGUCAUCAAGAGUUAAAAAGUCAAUAAGCGUUCCAGGCUGGCAAUUGUCAGUUGUGUGCAUAUUUCUGUGCACUGACACUGAUUCGUUGGAGGUCAGCUGAUGCUGUCAACCAAUGUAUGAGCAGUGGAAUAGGCAUCUGGCUGUUGCAGCUGUGCUGAAGCCUGAUGUCAUAACUCAGCACCACAGGAGACCAGGUGCCCUACUAAUAUCCAGGUGAGAAGGUAAAAAAUGGCAAAACUGGGGUAUGGAGGGUUCCACGAGCAUCAGUUGCAGUAAUUAUGAUGCUUGUAGUAACUCUUUAAUACUUGUCUGCAGAUGUGGGACACCAGGGAAAAAACCCAAGGCAGCAAAACAGAACUCGAAAUACAAUAAUCAGCAGCUGUGAUAUAGAAAUGGUUGUUGUGGAUGAUGUGAGUUGUAAUGCACUGAGCAUACUGAGAAUUAUACCCCACAGUGUCUUUAGUACAGAGUACAUGCUGUAAAUUGAAGCCUUCAUAAGCUUAUAUGCAUGCUGGCCUGUUUCUGCAGUAAACUAAUUUUAGAAUAACCACAGCUGCCUGAGUGUGUUGGGAGUUCACGUUCAUAAACACCUAUUAGCAAAAAAUUCCUCAGCAUAAUGUGACUUUGUGUUGGCAUUACCAUGGCUUGCCUAAGAAAAUUUUAUUGUGUUUGACACGUAAAGCUGACCAGGGAGUAUCAAAUAAAUGUCAGACCCCACUCAAACAAAUAGCUUGAUGUUCAAGACCCCUAAAAUGAUUUGUCCACAACCACAUGCAGUGCUGGCAGGGCUAAGGGCCUUACACCCACAACCUUGUGAUUUAAAGAACUGUGCUGUAAUAACCUAACAGCAUUACUUCCCACAGAAAGCCACAAAAUCUCCUAUUGGCACCAGGUCAGAUUGCCAACUGCGCUUGUGAUAGGUUUUGCCGACAAACUGCCAAGUGCAUUAAGAAGGAAACUGAUCUUGUGUACUUAAACAAAGCAACCAUGAUCCCUAAGCAAUGCAUUCUAAAAGCCGCACUGUGUUUUCGUGUCCCUUCGAAAUGUUCUUUUCAGAACCCGUCAUGUUUCCCUCUGCCAUCUGUUUCAUUGCUGCCAAGCAGGUCUGUCCACUUCUUCGAAACAAGUUUGGAACUGGAUCUUUCCUGUUUAACCCAUUCAAAUGCUAAAUCACAAAAUGGAUUUAUGAUGGUCUAUUAUGGGAUUUUUGUUUUCCACCUUCUACUGAUUGUGGAAAUUUGCCUUGUAUACCUUUUGAGCAGCAGAAUAUUAAUGCCCUGGAGAGCAACAUAUGUGUUUGCACACUCAACAUGAAUUCCUUCUUUUUAAUGUGUGAUAGCAAUUAUGUGUUCGAUAUUUUUUCCAGUUUGGGAGUUUAUUCGCCAAGCUAAGGGCUGGCCCCAAUCUUAUUUUCUGACUGAUAUUGAUAUUUGUUGAAUAAAAACAGUUACAAGAGCACAGGCAUUUUUAGAGUGUUUCUCUGCUGUUUUAGAUUAUUACCCCCCACCCUCUCCCCCCUGCACGAUAACCUUAAAUAAAUAAUAUUUACUCACAUUACCUCCCCUGUAAUGCUGUUGUGUUCUUCUUUUAAAACAAAAGAUGUUAAUAAGUUCGGGCAACUGUACAAGUUGUUUUUUUCUGAACUUAAACCUUAGUAUUCAGGUUUUAUUGCCCUGUUGGCACUUUGAGGAAAAAAGAGUUGGCAUGUAUUGCGGUUUGGGCACUCUGGCUCAAAAAGGUUCGCCAUCACUGUAUUAGAUCAAUACAUCUCUAUGGGGAGUGUUCUGCAUUUUCAUACAGAAUGUGUAGACCCAAAACUUUGGUGCUGCAAAAAUUGCAGGAUCACACCAUGACGGUCUGACUGUAUAUUUAUAUACCAAGCUUAUGGACCUGCCUGAGUUAGUCCGAAUCAAAAUCCUUUUGAUUCACAUCUGAACUAAUCAAUUCACCUGGAAACCGAAUUUUCUGUGAAAAAAUGGGUGCAAUAUAUAACACAAAUGUGGAGCGUUCAUCUUUAUGGGGCAACAAGGGUUAUUGGCUCUCCUUUGAAUCGGGAGGAUAUCUGAAGGGACUUAAAGUUUUUUACAUGUUGCUAGUUGAAUUGUUAUUAAUUAUGUAUGUGUGUGUCCCAUUGCUGGAAGAAAAUCUGCGAUAAUUGUAUCAGAGCUCAUCCUUGUGAGUCAAAGAGGGUGGUCAGAGACGAAUGUCUGUGUGUUUUAUCACUCUGCAACUUUUAUAUCGACUGAAAACAUAUAGUGGCUGGUGAAUCUUUGACGUCCAGUAAUGGCUGGAGGUCCAUCAGAUGCCAAACCCUUGGUUUACACCAGGGGAGUCCAAUAGUUAACGUCUAAACAUUUGUAGAUCUUCACCUCCCAUAAUUUUUUUUUUCAACAUGGUCUAUACUGAGCUAUAGCUUUGUGCCUUUCUAUAGUUUAAAUGGUGUGGCUAUUAUGGAGACUCAUUGUCGUGUUGAGAUACAUUGUAUACUAGCCCUGAAGCACCUUAUUGCUGUAAAUAUCAGGGCGAAGAACAGAGUGACUCAGAAGCUUAAAUUAACCUAAUAGAAUCUCCACCCUUUAGUGACUUCUGUGGGAACUAAACUAUAUUUAAAGGCUUUUAGUUUGAAACACGGUUAUAGUAAUCCAGGGUGUGUUAUUUUUGUUAUAAUAUUUAGCUACAUAUGAAGGCCCAGAAAAAGAAUAUAAAUAAUGUAAUUAAAGGCCAUCGCAACUGACAUAAUAAAUGAACAGGAGGGGUUUGCAUAAAGCAUACAUUCUCACAGGUAGUCUGUAUUUCAAUGAUAUAUUGCAGUCCUGUACUGGCUAAUGGAAUAUCUUAAAGUAGCCAAAUGUUCCACUGAUUUACUGUAAGAACUUUGAAUCCCAGCACAUAUUUGAGUAAUAAGCAAUUGAGGAACUAAUUUGAGGAUAACUGGAAAGUGAAUUGUUCCGGCAACCUGUCUUUGAAAUCCCCUUAGUUUUAAAUUCAGUUUCUAUCUCGUUUACAUUGAGCAGGAGAAGAAAGAAAAAAACUGUCGUAACUGCACUAUAAAUAAGGACAAAUCCUGUUGUUUCAGGGAGUUAGCGGAAUUGUUUAAAUGUUUUUUAGGUUAUUUAAAUUUUAAUAUACGGUUUUCUGGUUGUCCGCAUUUGGCUCACAGAUAAUACUGCAAUUAUAGUGUUAAGUGUGGUACAUGUUAAAGCACAAGACACCCUACAGGAUCCCAGAAUGCAAUGCUGUCAUUGUCAUGUGAGAUGGUGACAAGAGCAUUAUGGGUGCAUGCGCAAUGUAUAGUCGAAGGAGACUUUCUUAUCUGCUAAUUAAUGGCAGUAGUCUCUUUCUCUAAUGUAUUUUUUUUUUUAUUAUUUAAUAGCCUGAUCACGCUUAUAAAGAAGACACUUCCAUUCUGUUUGCCAUUGUAUGAUACUGGAGAAUCUGUACAAUAUAAAUAAUUACUGUUAAUGAAGAUACACUAUUCAGUAUUGUACAUACAGAAGGUAGUGACUGAUUUGGUACUAAAGGUCUACGUGGAUAAUAUAUUGUAUGUUUACAUCAUACUGCAAAACCUGUUACUCAGGACUAGCUUUCCUCAUCGCUCCUGUCUCCUGCCAAGGUGUAAAAGGCAGAUUCUGUCUUGCUGAGCAUGUCUAUGUAAAGAAGUGGCAUGGGCUGGACUUAUGUAAGGUGCUUGGGGAUGCCUAGGGCACUGUCCCAUUUUCGGUAGGUGUUACCUUUCUCUUAGAAAUGCUUGGGAACGCAUCUUUCAAAAACAACCAGACUCUAAAUUUUGAUAGGUGGGGGAGAGAAAAUGCAGCUUGCCCUGGCAAGGUUCUUUGUGAUUGUCUUUAUUUACUAUUGUGAAAGCUUCGUACACUUAGUCCUUUUUGCAAAUGAGAAGGCGUUUUCUGCAUCCGAGCUACGAUUCUUGAACUUGGAAACUAAUCAUAUUCGGUUGUCUUGGGUUAUUUAAUUACUGAGUAAAUAUAGUAAUGGGCAUGUUGUCAUGACAACUCUUUUUUUUUUCCAAGUAUCUUGCAGGUAUUAUUUAAAAGCCAUGCAGAUACAAUUACCAAAUUACCUUAAUACACAGACCAAAGCUCUUUAUUUCAAGAAAAAAAAAGGAGAAAGAAAACGGGUCGUUCCGUUCUAUAUAUUUAUUACCUUGCAUUAUUGGGGUUUUUGCUAAAUUGUAGAAAAUGGAUUAUAGUGUAGGCUAUAAUUUAUUUUUUUCCUAAAAUUAGUUUUGGCCUAAAUUUUGCUAUUUUAUUUUCAGUCCACUACAGUGAGGCGUUCAGUGAAUAAGCCUGAACUUUUGUCAUACUGGUUGUACAAUAAGCUUCCUCCCUAGUUAAAACCCCAGUUAAAAUCAUCGCACCCUCCCUAAUACACACGUAUGUCCCGUCGAGGCUCCUAUGCUACAUACACCUACAUAUAUACUCUGUCCAUACUCCCACCUCUAACGUUUGCCUCCAAGACUUUUCCAGGGCUGCACCUCUUCUGUAGAACUCCCUUCCUUUCUCCGCAAGACUUUCACCCAGUCUCCACUCAUUCAAAAAAUCAUUGAAAACUCACUUCUUCAAGAAAGCAUAUCAAUAAAACUGUUAGCAGGUUUUUAUCCCCCACUCCCCAUGACUCCUCUCCUGCAACUGUCAAAAAUGACCUACUAAGCCCUUAAUGAAUACUUUUCUAACAACUUACUUUGUACCCCUACUUUUACCCUUUCUGUCACUAUACCCCACUCCCUCUAGAAUGUAAGCUCGUUAAGCAGGGCCCUCCACUUCUCUGUUCCUGUAAGUCCAGUUGUCUGGUUACAAUUACAUGUCUGUUAGUCCACCCAUUGUUCACUGCUAUGGAAUAUGAUGGCGCUAUAUAAAUCAUAAAAUAAUAAUAAAAAUUGCACCCCACUUAUUUCUCAUUGCCUUCAUAUGUAAAUACUGUUAAAUCACCCUGCCCACAGCUGCAGUAGAUCAGGCAGCUGGGAGAUGUCUGCUAGGUAUAGUUACAAACAUUGAAUGCAGCGGUGAUUAUGGUGGUAGUGAAACUGGAGUCAAGGAAUCUACCUUGUUUUGACCUCUCUGGCCUGAAUUUUCCACAUUCCUGUCAGCCAAAACCCACAGAGACUCAGAGCCAUAAUGUCAGCUGGUGUGCAUUCAGCUUUCUUUCCCAGUGUAUUUUUUUUCUUUUUCUUUUUUUUUUUACUAAGAACUGAUUUCCGAGAACAUUUAAACAGUCUGAAAAAUAAAGUUUCUUUUUAAACUCAUAGUAUAGGAUUUACAUAGGGUGAAGCAGUGCAAUGACGUUAGGUCCGUCAUGCUGUCUGACUGCUAUGUUGUGAAACGUGCAAACUCAUCUAAACACAGUACUUGAAUGUAAUACUCCUAAAAUCCCCCACUACUAUGUAUCACAAAAUAUAUAUUCGUACUCAUGAACUGCGUUUGUUACGGCCUACAGAAUGUUUUUGUUUUGUGCUAUUCAAUGUUUGUGGAGGUUUUUUGUGUUAUAGGUACGUGCAUACAUGUACGUGUCCCUAGGAGGUACGUAAGUGUGUUUGUGCGAUUAGGAGAAAAAAUCAUACGUACAUAAACAAAUACUUAAUAAAUAUGGGUUUGAUAUCUAAAACCAACAAUAUCUGUGCUUUUUUGCAUCACUGUGUGGAAUUCUGGGAAAGUUGUGUAAUCGUGAUCGUUCAAUACUUUUCGUGCCUAGAGUAAUUUUGUUUUUCAAAUUUCAUUUUGUGAUAUUCACGACAUUAUAUAUAAAAAAAAUAUAUAAUAUUUUAUUUUGUACAUAUUGGAAGCCACUGGAAGGGUAUAUUUUCGGACCGAGAAGAACUGGCAUUCGUUUUAAGAUUUGUAGCUCCCUAGGUCCUGGAAUUUGUUGAUUCCUGAACACUGACAGGGUUAUUUACUAAAGUAAAAAUGGAAACUAAAUGUCAAAUUUAAAGCCAGAGUAGCUAAAUAAUAGCUAUAGUCCAGUUUGACUAUGUGGACUUGAAAUUUGGAAUUCAGUUAGCAUUCUCACUUUGAAUAAUCCCAUGAGUCUAUUGAGACAUAUUCUGGACAAUUUUUAUUAUUAUUGUCAUUUAUAUAGUGCCAACAGAUUCCGCAGCGCUUUACAAUAUUACAGUCUAUAGGAGGUGGGGUGUAAAACACUUUAGGACAGGAAAUAGCAAUCAAAUAAGGUGGGUGUCAUGACUUUGGCCAGGGUUGUUAUUUGAGAAUUUAUUGGUGCUUUUAGACAUAUUAAGAAACUUGAGAAAAAAACUGAAUUAAGGCAUAAUCCUACAAAACAGGAUACUUGCAAAUAAUAAAGAACGUCUGUGAUCUCCAGGUAGGGUUGAAACAAAGGCAGGUUGGUAUCAAAGGCAGACUGGUUACAGAGGCAGGCUGCUAACAGUGGAAGACUGAUAACAGAGGCAGGCUUGUAACACCGGAAAGCUGGUAACAGAGGCAGAGGUCAAAAUCAUACGUAAGAGAGACCGAAAAGGGGUAUACGUGCAGAUCUGUGAAGAGGUAUAAGAGGGGCUAGAAAUGCUUUAUAGGUAUAGAUUAGCACUUUGAAUUGACUCCUAUAGGAUACAUGAAGUCAAUGUAAGGACUGGCAGAGGGGUGAGGUGUGAGAGGACCGACUAGAGAGGAAAAUCAGUCUGGAGAGACAUAUCUGGGUGUCAUCAGCGUACUGGUGGUAGUGGAAUCCAAAUGAGGUAAUAUGUUUGCCAAGAGAGGCAGUAUAAAGAGAAAAUAGAAGGGGACCAAGGGCAGAGCAUUGGGGGACUCCAACCGAGACAGACGAAGGGAGGAGGUAUCAUUAGUAAAGUUGACACUAAACGAGCGUUGGGAGAGAUAAGCGGAAAACCACGAGAGGACAGAGUCACAGAGACCGAGUGAUCAAAGAGUAUGAAGAAGUAGAGCAUGAUCAAUGGUGUCAAAGGCAGCAAGAGGUCAAAAAUAAUUGGAAGAGAGUAGUGGCCUUUGGACUUAGCUGCGAUUGGGUCCAUAGUAACUUUGAUAAGAGCAGUCUCAGUGGAGUGGAGGGGGAGGAAGCCAGAUUGAAGAGAGUCAAGGAGAGAGUUGGAAUUGAGGAAGGGAGAUAUACGGGUAAAGACAAGUCUUUCCAGAAGCUUUGAGGAAAAAGGGAGCAGGGAUAUGGGACGAAAGUUAGAGGAAGAGGAUGGGUCAAAAGAGAUUUUUUUCAGGAUAGGUACUAAAGUGGCAUGUUUAACGUCAGCAGGGACAACGCCAGAAGUGUGAGAGCAGUUGAAGAUGUGUGUUAAGGAAGGCACAAGACAAGGGGAGAGAGAUCUGAUAAUGUGAGAUGGGACAAGAUCAAGCGGGCAAGUGGUGGGGUGAGAGGAAAUUUAAAUUUUUUUUAUUGUGGUAAUUUUUUAUUGUGGUAAUGUAGUCAUCUGUUGUGUUCAACCUUCCUAUUGUUCUUGUUAUUAUUUACAAAGUGCCAACAUAUUCUGUAGCGUUGAACAAUAGGUGGGUAAAAAAAAACAAAUAAGUCAGAAUACAGGAACAGAAUGUGACAAGGGCACAACUCAAGCAAAGUUUUAUUUUAAAUUAAUCUCUUUCUCUUUUUUUUAUUUUUUUAUUUUUUUAUGUUAGAUCAAUUGUAUCAUUUGUUUUCUGGUUAUAUGCUGGGGUAGUUGUAGCCAAACUCCUCGCCCCUUUUUCUUGGCUGUUGUUUGGUAUUAGCCCCUGGCUAGACGGAUUAAAUACUACCGCAUGUUCUGCUGUGAGGAGGAAUAUAUCCCACACAAGGCAGAGCUAUGCCAUUUGCUUUAACCCCUUCAGAACCAGUGACAUCAUGAAAGUUAUUGCAAGGGAUUUUACUAAUCCUAAAGAUAUGUGCAUUUUCUGUUAUUAGGCACGGGAAGUUGAUUUGUACCAAAUUAAAGGGAUAGUAUAGUGUCAGGAAAACACACCCGUUUUCCUGGCACUAUAGGCUCUUGGAGUGCCCCUCUCGCUCGGGACCCCCCUCUCUCAGUGCUGAAUGGGGUUAAAAACCCCUUCAGCCACUUACCUGAAACCAGCGCCGAUGUCCCUCGGCACUGGGUCAGGCUCCGGGGAGACCUAAUGUGCGUGCGCGCUUUAGACCUCCCCAAAGGAUAGCAUUAUUCAAUGCUUUCCUAUGGGGAAAAUCUGAUGCUGGAGGUCCGUGAGGAAGACCAGUGUCAGAUAACGGACCAAAAGUCCGAAUCUCUCUAGUGACUGUCUGGUAGACAACCACAGAGGGAAGACUUAGAACUGCAAUGUAAACAUUGCAGUUCUCUGGAACUGCAAUGUUUUACAUUGCAGCACUAUGUCCAAAAGGGUCAAAGCACCCAGACCACUUCAAUUAGCUGAAUUGGUCUGGGUGCCUACAGUGUCCCUUUAAUUUGUAUAUGUGUGUAAAAAAAAUGUCCACUUGCUUCUACUAAUUCAAGUGUUAAAAUGUAGCCCUGGUGAGUAGAUAUUCCCCCCUGUUUAGUUUGACAUGGAUUCUCCAGGCUUGCAGUGAUGAGUAACUUUUAUGGCCUGGCUGGUAGGCUAGUAUUUGAACUUUUAAAGGACCCAUUGAGAUGAAGUGACCUAGUUGCAGUGGUCCUUUUAGUUUUAACCCUGCAAUGUAAAACAUUGCAUUUUGUUAAGAAAUUGCAGUUUUUACAUUGCAGGGUUAAAUCCAACUUCAUGACAGCCACUGUAGGCACUUCUGCGGCAUUGACUGAGUAAAACGCAUUUGCUGCGGAAGCCCCCAUAGGAAAGAAUUGAUUCGGUGCUUUCCUAUGGGGACGCUUGGAUGAGCAAGUGAAACUUGCCGCGCAUGCGCGUCAUGUCUCCAGUGCUCCCAUUCCACAUCCAUAACGUUGUGGGAAGAGGAAAAGUAAACCGAGCAGAGGGAGCCUAGGUGCUGGGAAAAGGUAAUUAAAAAUCUAUAUUAUUUUCCUUCCUCACAUGGGGGGAGGGGGGCUAUUUAAUUAGGAUAAGGACACUGAAACAUUAGAAAUACAAGUAUUCCUAACACUUUAGUGCUCCUUUACGCUCUAUAUAUAGUGAAAUUCAUACACAACAUUCUUAUCAAAUACCUCUAAUAUAUCGCAUUACUGUAAAUCUGUGCAAGCCCAAAUAUUCCAUCCUGAUACAUCUCAUGCAAAUUUCACUUACACAACUAAAAACUGUUUAAACAACGUCUACCUUUGCAUGACAUGUUCAAUUUAUUUAUAGUGUUUUCCAUAAACCUGGUUUUCCCCAUAAACAAAUCACCCUCGUUUCUACUUAUAAACUUUUAUUCAAGAAAUUGAAUCUGCUUCCUCCUUUAACCCAGUGAAACCUUUUGAUACUAUUGAAGAUGUUUUCCAUAUCCCUGUUAUUGUUUUCUUUCCUGUGUGUAUAUGCAAAUUUGGUGUUGUAGCAACAUUGGCUGGCCAGCUUGCUGUCACCGUAUCAGGUAACCCCUAGAAUGCCAUCUGUACAUGAAAAUAACCCAGCAUGCUUUGCUAUAGCCUUUAUUUUGAAUGUAAUGGCUACCGUGUGUGAAACUUUUUAACAUGGUAACCAUAAUGUUUCCAAUUCACUUAUUUUAGCCGAAAAUGUUUAAUUCGCUUCAAUAUUACUUCAUAUUCCUGACAGUUCAGACUUUAGUGAGCAACCCUGAUAGUCUGCAGUGAUGUGCAAGACAUUUACAUUUUCACCGCAAGCAAGACAAAAGGCUUAAUAAAUAUAUAUUUUUAUAUUAUCUGAAUUUUCACUAGCAGUGAAAGAGUUAAAGGAAGUUGAACAAAAGCCAAAUAAUUGGUUGUGUGAGUGUCUGUGCUGUGAUGCCAGUGGAAGAAAUGUGAUCUGCUUUUGUGUGAGAGGGGGAGGACAGGAUACACAGAAAUAGAAGGCAAUAGGCACCCCUAUAAACUCAUACAGGCUCUCUGACACUUUGUCACAACCGUUUGUAGGCAGUGACUAAUUUCAUGUGGAUAAGAUUGUGACAUCUCAUCUGGUUUCAAUAUAGCCUCAGCUAUUUGCACUUGUAUGUUCAUAAACUUACUUAUGUACAUAGUUGUCUAAUGCUAGAUAAAUUAAUGCUGUUUUGAGGCACUGGAUAUUACCCUAAAAAGUAUAUUUAUCAUGAAAAACUGUUCUGUAAUAUUAGGCAAUUUGUAGUAUUUUAUUUAUUUUAUCCUUUCAUUAAAGGAACAUUAUAGGCAUUAAACAACUUAAGUAAAUAUAGCAUUUUUUGUGUAUAGCUCAUACCCAUGCAGUUUGACAGCCCAAUUCUCUGCCAUGUAGGAGUUAAAUCCCUUUUGUUUCUGUUUAUGUAGCUCUGGGCACACAUCUCCUGGCUGUGGCUGACAUAGCCAGCAUGAAAAAAGGUUAAAUUUUUUUAAUCAGAUGUUAACUCUCUUUAGAAUCUUUUAUCUCAUGCUCUGUAAAUUGAACUUUGCAUGGUCUAAAAGGCUGUUAACAGAGUAAGAGGUAAGACAUUUUGAAAUUAACAAUGUAUAAUAAAGAUAUUAGAUGUCUCUUUACAAGAAGUGUUUUGGAAGGUUGUGUAAGUCACAUACAGUGAGUUGUGGCUAGGGCUGCAUAAACAAAGUGAUUAAAAUUCUAAAUGGCAGACGAUUGAGCAGUGAGACUGCAGAGGCAUGAUCUAUACACCAAAACUGCUUUAUUAAGCUAAAGUUGUUUUUAUGCCUAUAGUGUCCCUUUAAUGCUAGCUGGUGGCUGGUGUUCAUUGUUGGUGAUAUUUGGUUACUUUGUAACGGAAUAUGGCCUGCUCUGUUCCCCUUUUCUUAAAUAAAACACUCCGGGCACCAUAACAACUUUAAUUGAAAUUAAGUUGUUAUGGUGCCAGGAGAUUCAGGACCUUUGUAUACCUUCGGGGGUUAACUCGUUAACAAACGCCUUCUUUACACAUGCAUGUAUUUUUCUCAAGCUAUUUUGUGAAUGGGGAGCUACUGUUGGGUUGAGAACAUUAACUACCGCUCUCAGCCUAUCAGCGGCCUAUCAGUCCUCAGACUCAAAUAAAUGUGUAGGGGGCAGAGGUGACCAGCACCAGAUAGAAGACUUUGGGGUUAAAUUGUUCAACAAUUUAAACCCUAAAGAUAAACCUACACCAGGGACCUCCUGGCACCAUAACAACUUUAUUCUGGUAAAGUUGUGGUUCUCCGAGUAUUCCUUUAAUAGAUUCACUUUAAAAAUGUUGGGAAUAUUAAUGGUAGUUUUUGAAUGUUAAACUUGGGUGUGAUUAUGCAUUACAAUAUUACUGCAAUGUACAGAUAUUUGGUAAGCAAAAUACCAAAUAUUUGGUACUUACAGCGGUACUUUCAUUUAUUCAGUUAAAUGGCAUAAAUAAUAUUGAGAUUCAAAGAGUCCCCAAAUGUCCAGAUCAUGUGAUGAACUAUUUCUGAAAAUAGAAAGAACUGGAAAUUUGCUAACAUUGAAUCAUACCCUACUCAGCGGUUCAGGAUGUUUAUAUGCAAAUCUGUCUAAGCUUUAUUAAAGUCACGUUGAAAGAAAAAAAAAUUUAAACUGCCUACUGAUUUAAGCAAAUUUUAAAAUUUAGAAAAAGUAUGUCUCAGCACAAAUCAAUAUCUGAAGUUGGUCUUUGGGUCAUUAGGACUGUUACCCAUGCAUAUGCAAAAAUAAAAUGCACAAAAUGAACAAUAGCAGCAUGGUGUUCUGGGGGAUUUGUGGAGACAAAAUCUUUCAGAACUAGUUUGUCUGAAAGACUUUUUUUGUCUUUGGAUCUGUAUGUGAUAACAGUAAAAUAAAAUUAUUUGUACAUAUUCGCUUCAGCUUAAUGAAGUGGUCUGGGUGCCAGGUCCCUCUAGGAUUAACCCUUUUUUUAUAAACAUAGCAGUUUCAGAGAAACUGCUAUGUUUAUAAAUGGGUUAAUGCAGUCCUCAAAGCCUCUAGUGGCUGUCUCAUUGACAGCCGCUAGAGGCGCUUGUGUGCUUCUCACUGUGAAAAUCACAGUGAGAAGAUGCCAGCGUCCAUAGGAAAGCAUUGUAAGCCAGUUUUUUUUCCUGGCAUUAUAGUGGUCCUUUAAAUGCGUUUUUCGAGAACAAGCCUACAAUGCAAACGUCAGCAACCAUUUUAUUGGAAAAAAUCAGUUACUGUUCUUUCUUAUUCAUUGUUAUUACAGCUGUUGGCAUUGGUAAAUUUAAUCAUUUUACAUUGAGCAUUUAAAAAAAAAAAUUUAGUGACGCAGGGCAUCUGCUAUAUAGCUGCACAAGCUCAUUUCUGAUUUCAUAAUUAUGAAUAAAUCUCUUAAUGACUGCAGAAAAAGGCAUUGAAGCAUUUGCCAGCACCUAUAAAAUUUAAAUGUAGAAAACGUGUUACAACUUGUUAAUUCUGUCAGAUCUCCAAAGGGAAAAAAAAUAUGCACAAGGUAUACCAAAGGUAGUCUGCCCAUUGAAGUGUCUUAUGGGAUUACUGCCGCCCAAUUUCUGCCCUUUUAUGUGGAAAUGAUCUAGUUUCCUAAUAACUUCAUAAAAGGCGCACCUUAAACCCCCUCCCCCUUCCCCCCCACCUGCUGUCUGGGCCCAACAUAUCCAACGCCCAUUCAUUUUAUUCUAACAAGUUAAAAAGAUUUUGCUUUCUGGAUGUUUAUAGCAAGAAACAGGAAGUAAGGAAAUUCACCUCUGCCCUUUAGUCCUCUUUCAUUUCUGUUCCUACAAGUCACUUCUAAGACCAACCAAAUUUCCUUUUUUACCACAGUACCGUUAGCUAUUUGGAUACUGAGCACUGACUUGGUUAGCCUGUGUCCUCUAAUGUUUUUUUGUUUGUGAUCAUUUCAGAUGUUCAGGUGACACGUUCCUGAUCUAGUCACUCGUCAUGCGUCAGAAUUUAUGUAGAACAGGUCUUGAAUCAUUCCUUAAAGAGAUCAACGUUAAGCUUUUUUUGUUCACAUUUUAGUGUCCAUUACCCUGUUUGGCAGGUUUAUCUUCAUGUACCAAAGUUGAGCUGUAUACCCUACAGCAGGGGUAGGCAAACUUCGGCACCCCAUUUGUUGUGCGUUACAUCUUUGCUGAUGCUUUGCCUGCACUAUGGCUGUAAGAGCAUUGUGGGAGAUGUAGUUCACAUCAUCUGUAGUGCCGAAGGUUACCUACCCCUGUCCUACUGUCUGUCUUCUGAUACAAAACAAAAUGGAGGUUCUAUUGGAAUAUAGGAAAAGUGCUUGAGUAAAACCACCCAUCCUUGUGUCUUGUACUUAAUUGACAUCUUUUAGCCAACAGGACUAAGUAUUUCUCUAACUUUCUUGCAAUAGUCUAUAGAGGGGCCUUCUACAUUAUCAUGUUUGCUAGCCUCUGACCUAGGUUACAUUUACAGGGACACUGUAGGCACCAAGACCAUUUCAGCUAAUUGAAGUAGUCUGGGUGCUGUGACGCUUUUGCACCUAGUGCUGCAGUGUAAAACAUUGCAGCUCUAAGUCUGCCCCCUGUGGCUGUCUAACAGACAUCCAACAGAGGGCUUCUGGAAUCCAAACAGACUUUUGGUCCGUUAACUAACGCUGGACGUCCUAACAGACCUCCAGCGUCAGAUUUUCCUUAUAGAAAAGCAUUGAAUAAUGCUUUCCUAUGGGGAGGUCUAAUGCGCGCGUGGCCAUUGCCGCACAUGCGCAUUAGGUCACCAUGAUGGCUGACGUCGGCAGGCGAGGGGCGUGGGCGGAGCCUGAACCAGCACCGAGGCACAUCGGCGCUAUAUUUAGGUAAGUAGCUGAAGGUUUCUUCACCCCGUCAGCGACAUGGGAUAGGGCGCGGGAGGGGGGCACUCCAGGAUUCUCUGGUGCCAGGGAAACGGGUUUGUUUUCCUGGCACCUGAGAAUCCCUUUAAGAUGGUUGUCAUAUAGUCUGAUAGAAGCAGUGUACUGAAAAAAAAAUCAUCUAAACAUUUUAUAUUGUUGGAAUUUUAACCUGCGUAACAAACCAUAGGAGAUAAGCAUUAAACAGGUAUGUGUAGCCCGUAAACUGUAACAUAUGGGUUACUGAAGAACAUUGACUUUUUAUGCCUGAGGCACAAUUCCUCUAUUAGCUCACAGCAGUACAUAAGCCAAACCAGUCGCAGUGAUCUUUAUAUGCAGUCAAGGUAGUCCAUAGUAAUUAAGAAAAUGAUCCAGGGUAGGCAUUAUGAGACCACAGAUGAUUGACUCAGUCGGCCUAGGAGUUCCCACGGGCUGCAAAAAGACCUGGCAUCUACCCCAGUAAUGUUGGCAAGAUUCCUAAGCCAUUGUGACACAAACAGAUGGGAUAUAUUUAUUCUGGGGCCUUUCUAUAUAAGAAAAAGUUAAUGAUUGCAUUAUUGUGAAAGUAAGAAAAGCCUGAAAGCCUUUGAGAUAUUUGUGUGUUUAUAUUUUAUAGGAAAAUCUGAUUUUAAGAGAAGCAGGUCCACAUUUUCUAGAAAUAAAUGAAAAAGGAGAAUUAGCGGCAAACAAUGUCAGUGGUGUUAGUUUGCUGGUCAUGGAAAGGAUCUGCCAGUUUAGUUGAACCUAGUAAGCAAUCUUCAUUGUGACGUCCCAGUACCUCCUUUACUUGUCUGGGAAGUGUCUGUGAGAGGUUCUAAGGUUUGAAAGAUGGAAAAACCAUCACAAGAGGUGUACUUCUACAGCUGUUGUUCAAGCUAUUGGCCAUUCCUGCUCUAAGGCCUUCAGCUGGAAAUGCUGUCCACCUCUAGAAAGGCGGAUGUAUUUUCCCUGACUCUUAAGUCUGAUGCCUCCUGAAAUCAAGUUCAGCAAAUUACAGUGUUUGAGUUAAAUCACAACACUCAUCAGCACUAGUCCGAGUUCUUUUAGCUCAUCAUCUUUCGGUGGCAGACAAAGUGCUAGGUUUUAGAUGUUGACAGAACCUCUGUUUUUAUACCAGUUGAAAAUAGACCUCAAUGCUGUACUCCUGCACAUGCGCGAGAGCACAGCAGUGACGCUGACUCCUGGCACUGAAGUGAAGGAGCAGAAGAGGAUGAGGACACUGUGUGACCAAGAAUUGGUACUCAAAGACUCUCGAUAGCCACUACAAUGAGCUCUAAGAUUUAUGAUCAUAUGUGCCUCCAGUAUAGGUAAAAGGGGGCAAGUGCCCCUCUUCCAGAAUUCACUAUUUUUUAUUUAAACGUGGCCUAAGAGUUGACAGUGCCUUAUUGUACAUUAUGGUGACCCCCACCAAUGGUCAUGGUCAUUUUCAGUAUAUUCAAUGAGCCAAUGGAAUAAUGGAUUACUAGGUUUCAAUACCAAAUAAUAGGCCUUCAGACUAAUACCUAUGCUAUCAUGUGCCUCCUUGACAAAAAGAGCCCACAGUUUAUGUGGUCAAGCUGUCAGGUUACUGAAGGAAGUGGCUCUGCUUUAUACUGUAUUUUUUCCCUACUUCUUGUUAUUUUAGCUAAAGCCGUUAGUACAGGGUGUUGAACAGCAUUCUCCGAGAGGUGAUGAAGUUAUGUUUGCUCCUGUUGUCUCAGAUGUCAGUGAGAUGUGGAAAACCCCUCUAAGACUGUAGGGUAAAAGCAAACAUGGCUGCUUGGUAACAUGAAUCAUCUGUACCUUUAAAUUCUAUACUUUCAACACAUCAUAUUUUGUGUGUAUUCACAGGUUGCUCAUGUAGGCCCUGACAAUGUUUUUCUAGAGAACUUUCAUUCUGGUUAUUUGUUUUUUGCCAUUUUGAUAUAUGCAUGUUUUGAUACAUUUCACAUGAAAUUAUUCUGUGUCAGUUAAAUUCAAUAACUGUUGCAUCUCCCUCUUUAAAAGGAACAUACACGUGCCUAAUUUGGUUCACAAUCUCCCUGCCCCCUUUUUUAUACUAAAUCUGUUAAUCUUAUUUUAGGAGCUCCAAAUGUUUGAUCUCUGAGUGCAUAAUUUAGCUUUGCAGCAAUCAAACAGCAAUGUGUUUUGAAAACUAUGGAAAUGUGUUUACAACUAAGUCUUGUAAACCAGAUUCUCAGGUGUUUUCCUACAUUAUUUUAAGAUGACCAAAAUUACGUAAUUCAAUAGAACACUGAAAAUCACAUACAACUGCUACAGUGCGCAGAAACAUAUGUACCUGAAUAUGAUGAUGAAUAGGUUCACAAUGCCAUUCAAAAAAGAAAAUCCAUAUUACGCUUUACCUUUAUAUAUACAAAAUAUGUAUGUGUCAGAAGCACUCCCUUGGUUAAUAGCCGUGUCCCGGCUCUAUAUAUUCAGGAUAAGGGUGCUCAAAUUGGCACAAGUGAUAUUCAAGGUUUACAGCAUAAUAAAAUCACAAUAAAUAGCUCCAUAGCCAUACAUCCUGAACAGAUGAAUCAGUCCUGGACAGGUCUUGUGGACAUCUGAAAAAAAUCAUUGGUGCCUAGGAAAGAAAAUUGUAGCUGCAACUGAGAGUUGAAGGGGUGGCCCAUAUUAACUUAUUUUUCAUGUAUUAAAAGUGCUCUGUCACGGUCUGGGGACUUUGCAUAGUUUGCAAAGACCCCCGAUGGUGACAUCGAUGCUGGGGGGGAAGGCACCGCCAUCCUCUUCCAGUGUCCUCAUCCUCUUCUGCUCCUUCACUUCAGUGCCAGGAGUCAGCGUCACUGCUGUGCUCUCGCGCAUGUGCAGUUGUACAGCAUUGAGGUCUAUGGAGAAGUUGUGCACCUAUUCAACAUUAUAGAAGGAACAUUACAUUCAUGUAGAUAUAUUUCUGUGUGCUGUAAUAUUUUUAUUUUUAGUAUAUUUUCACGUUCAUUGUUGGAAGAUUUAGGGGCAGCAUUAUGUUUGAUAUGGUGUAAAUGUCAGUAGUUCACAAAGUCACCUAAUACAUUCUAAAUUAGCACUGUCCUUUAGCCAGACCUUCCAUAGAGUACAAAUAAAGAACUUCUGGAAUCAGGCUAAAAUUAGGAACUGUACCUCCUAUAAAGGGACAGCUAGAAAACAGCGAGUUUAGUUAUAUGUAGUUUGUGUUAUGCCUUUGAAUCUUUAGCGAGCUCAUUCAGUGACUUAACACACCAGCUCUUACUCUUUAAUAUUACUAAAUAAUAAGACAGUCUUUAUAGAUCCAAUUGCAGGGAAUAAACUUACUAAUACAUGUAAUAAGUCAAAACAAGUGUUACUAAUAUAUUUGAAAAUCUAUAUAGUUGAAAGUCUACAUAGUACGAUCCAAGCAUUUCUAUCCCUAGAAGGUAAUAAAAUUAAUGAUCAGUUAUAUAUUGCGUUGCACUGCCUGGUAUGAAUAGUGUAAUUAGUAUGAUUAUAUGACUCACCAGCAACUAGAUUUAAGAUUUACUAUAAUGUGUUAAGCCAGUCUUACCUUAGGCAUAUUUAUUUUGAAACCCUAUAACUUUCUUUACGGCCUUUAAAAAAUGUAGAUAAAUAUAUACACGUUACCGAAAGUUAUAUAUGUGCAGCUGAGGGCAGACAGACUACAUUUAGACGGAUAUCACAAUAUAAACAUGCUGCAUACAAAUUAGUUUGCAUGAACAAAGAUUUGGAAUUCUUAAAAGGAAAGUUUUAGGACUUUUCUUUUAGAAUAAGUUAUUUUGUAAAAUUACCUCUAAAUAAAUGUUAAUACUAUAAAAAAAAAAAAUUUUUAAGCAGAAUAAUUAUUUUCCAUUUUUUUGUCCUAUCAAAACCACUCAAAUAGGCUUACAUAAAUACUGUAUAACUCAACUUGUUCUAGAGCCCGGACUGCUUUUCUGCAGGCUCCAGCUCCUCCUUUAGUGAUGUCAGUUCCCAAGCUGACAUUGUAUUGCUUCUCAUAGAGAAUAAAUUUUUCCUUGGGUUGAAGGAGGAAAAACUGCAAAUGGUUGCAGGGUUAAAGCUAAAGGACCACGGCACCCAGUGGUCUCGAUCUUUGUGACUAUAGCCUUUCUUUAAAUGGGAACCAUCACUUUUACAGAAAUUGCACAAUUCAGUAAAACAUUGAAAACCACAUCAGCUCAUGUUUAUGGCCCUCUGGAGUGGUUAUGGUGUGAGUAGUUCCCAGGCAGCCUCCCAGAGUAAGAAGAAAACCUUACCAGGUGUCUGCCACCACCUCCCAUGCUGCAGGAGAGUAAUGCAAGGGGCUCCCAGUGAGCUCCUACUGUGCGGAGCUGUGCUCAUUGGCUGAGUGUCUUAGCUGAGCAAUCUUAGCCAAUGAACAUUGUACAACACGGCUGGGCUUAGCUCUGUUGCAGCAGCUUCCGUCAGCUGGGGAGGAGGGUGGCGAUCCCCUACGAGACCCAGAUAAAUUAUUAAACUACCCUUACGCUUUGACUACUUACUCUGGGAGGGCGCCUGAGUGUGCUGUAAUAGUUAUGGUGCUUGGAAUAUAACUUUAUUAAAUUAUUAAAAAUCCUGGUAAAUGUCAGUUUCUCUUUCAUUAUGGAUGAAGAUUAAAUGAACUUGAAAUAUUAAAAUGUUAGAGAAUGUAAAAGGUAAUCCAGUGAAACGAAUACAUGUUCAUUGUUUUUCAGACUCUAUAAAGUUUCUAUAAGAAACAGAAUUGAAUAUACAAUUAUGCUGCUAGGCAUGUGAAGUACUUUUAAUGCUCAAUCCAUAACACAGGCACAAUAAAAUAUAUCCAGUUUUCCUUACUACCCAUGUUUUUUUAUGUGGUCUUUCCACAACUGGGAAUUGUGGAGACAAAAUAGCUAAGCUGGAAAAAUAGCAAUAUUGGAUAUUUUUUUUCAAUUUAUUAUUUAAGAGUGCCAGAAUCGCAUUGAAAACAUUCAGGAAUCUGUCCAAAUGACAUCUAGAUAAAGGGAGGGAUUUAAUGAUAAAAUCUGUUAUCUCUCAGGAAUAGGGGAACUUUGAAAACAGGUGUAAAAAAAACAAAAAAAGAAAAUCAAGUUUCAUUUGAAAACAAGUUGAACGAGAGUGAGAACGCAGUCCUGAGAAUGCUUUACCAUAUCAAAAUGCAUGGAAUAUCUCUCAGGAUCGCAAGAAAACCCUAAUGAUUUCUUUUUGGGUAAGGCUACACACUUUGAGAUAGUAUUUUUAUCUAGAUAAACAAAUUAAAUUUAGAAAAGAACGCAAUGACGUUUCAUGAGAUAAUUGGUUAUCAUUCAUUAAAAGUUGCUGCAGGAUUGCUAUACUGUAAAGGGAUGUCUUCAGUGGAAAUUGGUUAAACCUUAAUUUUCAAGUGUAUAAGUAACUUAUUCCCCAGUUAUAUAUUUGUUGCAAGUUAGUGUUGUAUAAUCUGAAUAUUUCGCUUUAUUGCUGUAUGUGUGUGUUUGUGUUCAAUAUACACACAAAUACAAACAUAAAACAUUGGAAACAAAUUUGAAAAGAUGGUGAGUCUUUCAAUCUCUUGUAUCUAUUUUAUUGAGAGAGGGAUUAAUGACAGUUUUUUCUUUUUGUACCUCUAAAUAAACAUUCGAAACUACAAGCAGGCAUCAUAUAUGAAUGUAUGAAUAAUGACAAUAAUUUAACUGUAAUUGCUAUGCUAUAUAUCAAAAAAUCUAUUUAUACAAUAGAUAAGAUCCCAGAUAACUGACUAUACUCGAUAACCCAAUGAAGCGUCCUAAGCAUCUGAAUUGUUUUGGGUAGUCGGAGUACUAAACCUCCUACUGCUGUCAGAACACUCUCUUAUUCCAAUGGAAUAGUCUACUGACUUCCCUUUGACUAUAAUAUUUAUUACAAAUGGCAAUGGAGUCUGAUGGGUCCAGGAGUUAUUUUCUAUUUUCUGGUACUUGAGAAACCAAUGGAUAUAUCCUGAUAGUGUGUAUUUCUUAUGGUUUAAGAUUAAUAAGCAACUGCAGGCAAAUAGACUUGAAUAGAAGUAUAUCCUGUAAAUAUGUGCAGGCUGCCCACUCACUUCUAGUAAUACGUUCACAAAUGACCUGAUCGCACAUUUACCCUGAUUUUAAAGGGACAGUAAUCUGUAAUGCACUUUUUAGAUUUUAAAGAGACAGUAAUCAGUAAUGUACUUGUUGUGUUUGUUUAUUCUAUAUAUUAUGCAUUCACUGUAAUAUGCUGUGUUUUUUUUUUUUUUGGUUUUUUAAAAACCCUGUAGGCACAAAUAACUUACAUGACCCUGACUACCUGUAAAAAAAGGUCAAAUCUAAAAAGACACUAAUAGGUUAUACAGGUGUAACAAGGGUUAUGCAGUAAUGAUUCGCAUAGCACGAAAACCCUUAAGCCUCUUCCAAAGAUAAACUUUUUUAGAUUUAGUGUCACAAAGGAAUCAUUUUUGAAAGAGAGUUUAAAGUAGUUUCACCUGCACCCAUCAUCAUCAUCACCAGCUUAUUCCUUAAUACGCCACUCAGUGCUAGACACAAAUAGCUUACAUGACCCUGACUACCUGUAAAAAAGGGUCAAAUCUAAAAAGACACUAAUAGGUUAUACAGGUUCCUUAAAAGGAAUCUAUAGUUUUAGGAAUAGAACUUUGUAUUCUGUACACUAUAGUGCCAUUUGGUUCACCCCCACCACCCUCCCCCCUUCUCCAUGAGCCCGCCUUUUAGUACGUAAAGGGUUAAAAAACCUUUAUUUACUCACUAGACUUCUGCGCCGAUCUCCCUCCGCUUCUUCAGACAUCAUCGACCUAAUGAGAUAGCACAGCGGUCCCUUUAAUGUAAGUAACUUGGAUGACUGCAGACAAGUGUUGGAAUCUGCUUCAGAACACACCAGCUUAUUCCUUAAUACAGCACUCAGUGCUAGGCACAAAUAGCUUACAUGACCCUGACCACCUGUAAAAAAAGGUCAAAUCUAAAAAGACACUAAUAGGUUAUACAGGUGUAACAAGGGUUAUGCAGUAAUGAUUCGCAUAGCACGAAAACCCUUAAGCCUCUUCCAAAGAUAAACUUUUUUAGAUUUAGUGUCACAAAGGAAUCAUUUUUGAAAGAGAGUUUAAAGUAGUUUCACCUGCACCCAUCAUCAUCAUCACCAGCUUAUUCCUUAAUACGCCACUCAGUGCUAGACACAAAUAGCUUACAUGACCCUGACUACCUGUAAAAAAGGGUCAAAUCUAAAAAGACACUAAUAGGUUAUACAGGUUCCUUAAAAGGAAUCUAUAGUUUUAGGAAUAGAACUUUGUAUUCUGUACACUAUAGUGCCAUUUGGUUCACCCCCACCACCCUCCCCCCUUCUCCAUGAGCCCGCCUUUUAGUACGUAAAGGGUUAAAAAACCUUUAUUUACUCACUAGACUUCUGCGCCGAUCUCCCUCCGCUUCUUCAGACAUCAUCGACCUAAUGAGAUAGCACAGCGGUCCCUUUAAUGUAAGUAACUUGGAUGACUGCAGACAAGUGUUGGAAUCUGCUUCAGAACACACCAGCUUAUUCCUUAAUACAGCACUCAGUGCUAGGCACAAAUAGCUUACAUGACCCUGACCACCUGUAAAAAAAGGUCAAAUCUAAAAAGACACUAAUAGGUUAUACAGGUGUAACAAGGGUUAUGCAGUAAUGAUUCGCAUAGCACGAAAACCCUUAAGCCUCUUCCAAAGAUAAACUUUUUUAGAUUUAGUGUCACAAAGGAAUCAUUUUUGAAAGAGAGUUUAAGGUGGUUUCACCUGCACCCAUCAUCAUCAUCGCACUGCUUUACUGGUGGGAUUUGGGCAAUAACACCACUAGCAAAUGCACAAAUUGCACUAGGUCAGAUUUAUAAAUGGUAGUAAAAUUUACCUGUGUACAGCUUUUAAACAAGGAAAAUAAGGGGAACAAUAAAUUACCACGCCUUUUUUUGUUCUUAAAAAGGAAUCUAUAGUUUUAGGAAUAGAACUUUGUAUUCUCUACACUGUAGUGCCAUUUGGACCCCCCUCCCCCCUUCCUCAUGAGCCCGCCUUUUAGUACAUAAAGGGUUAAAAAAACCUUUAUCUACUCACUAGACUUCUGCGCCGAUCUCCCUCCACUUCUUCAGAUAUCAUCGACCUAAUGAGAUAGCACAGCGGUCACCGCACUUGAUGUCCUCAUGCAGAGGAUAAGGAUGUCUAACGUCACUUAAGUGACCCAGAGUCCAGUAAAUAACCGGAAGCGCCUCUAGUGGCUGUCCGGUAGACAGCCACUAUAGACUGUUUUAGCACUGCAAUGUAGUCUACAAAACUGUAAUGUUUACCUUCCAGGGCUAAUGAGCUGAAGUGGUCUGGGUACCUGUUGUGUCCCUUUAAUGUAAGUAACUUGGUUGACUGCAGACAAGUGUUGGAAUCUGCUUCAGAACACCCCAGCUUAUUCCUUAAUGCACCACUCAGUGCUAAACAUUGUUAACUGAUCACAUAUGAGUUUGAACAAACGAAAAAAAACUAAUCACAAAACUCAAAAAGAGUAGAGAAGUGAGUUUAACACCUAAUGCAUUGUGUAAUGCAAACUGAGCUUAGUUUUCACAGGAUGGAACCAGAACAAAGAAUGAGCAACACAAACGCUCAGGGACACACCUGCAGAUACAGUUAAAGACGAAUAAAAUGUGACAAAAUGUAUGUAAUUAAGAGCAAACUAGUACCUUUGAGAGUUUGUAAAAUAACACCCAUGAAAAAGAGGACAUGCGACUUAUUAGAAAUAUUUGGUCAAAGAGGUUAUGGGUCUUUUGGGUGUGAACUUUAUAAAGAAACUGCAGAAGUCCGAUUUAUUUUUACAUCUCUCUGUCGUGCAAGUCACCAUGGUAAAAUUUGUAUUGUAUUCAAAACCGUAAAAAUGAAAGACCUCUAUCAUUCAGUGUAGGGGAAAACAUGGCGUGUGUCUCUACCAGAAAGAAGGUCAUGUACUGUGCACACAGUAAUAUCUUAACAUACAGCUUGUUUCUACCUGGAUACAUUUUUUUAUUAAAAUCAAGUUCUUGUUUGUUGGGAUUCUCAGAAUUCUAAAGAUUUUUCAAUUCAUGUUGGCAUGGGGUUCUUGGGAAGUCCCUGGUGACUGAGUGACAAUAUUGAAAGGUCAAUAUCCCUUAAUUUGCUUCUAUUUUCAUGGUGUUUUCCUCUUUGUCUUGCAGUGGAUUUGAGUGUCCCAGUCAGCACAAUCCUGACUUCUGCGACCCCCAUGGAUUUCCAACUCGUUUCACACCUCAGCCAGCGCCCAGAUACGGCAAUCCUUAAUAUGAAGCCAACCCAACAGCCUCUCUUCCAAACCCUCUCUCAGCAACACCAGCAAAUGGAGCACAAGAUGCGGGUACUUUUCAUUUUAAUUUUACAUUCUUGGCAAUAGUCACAUGAUUAAAAGUCACAUUUAAAUGUUUUAGUACAGAACAGCAUAGUGAUCUAAAUAGUAAAUAUCAUCAAUGGUAUCAAAAUGAAUCUGGAAGAAUUCCAAUGGCAAGUGCUAAGUUUGAAGCAAUCAGAAUAAACAUGUUGUUGCUUUUAAUGGACAAUGUCUACAGCCAUUGCUAUAUAUUUUAGUAGAUUAUCAUACUUUUACUCUGAAUUUAAGCAUCGUGGUAGUUUUCCGUCUAAAAGUCUUAUUAAGCAAACUAGAACUGGCUCAAAAUGGAUGGUAGAACUGGCUCAAAAUGGAUGGAGUGCUAAGCCUGAAGGAAUCAGUUUAAUUAUAGCCUUGUUUUCUGUGUAAUUUGGUUGCUAAUAUAGAAUGCAUGAACAUUAAAUCAUUGUGACAAAGUUACACAAAGUGGUUCUCAGGUUCUUCACCUGAUGGAAUAGGCCCCAUGUGUAGGCAACCUUGGCAAUCCAGAUGUUGUGAACUUCAUCUACCAUAAUGCUGUUACAACCAUAAUGCUAGCAAAGCAUCAAGGGAGAUGUAGUCCACAGCAUCUGGAGUGCCGAAGGUGGCCUACCCAUGGAAUAGGGCACAUUGAGAAGAACUUUACCAUUCGGUUACGUUUAGAAUGGAGUCCCAUGUACACAUGGUCACCUUAGAGUUUCUGUAUGAUUUAAUUUAUGUGAUAGUGUCAUGACUGGUUAAUUAUAAGCUGAUUUCGUAGCUUAAACACAGCUUUAUACACAAACAUGUUCUAGAUAUGAGAUUACACUGCUAACAUCUCAAUGAUAUGUUUCUAUCAUAUCACAUAGCAUGCGGAUUAUAAAUCAUUGAAUUAAAAUUCUAAAAUUCCUUAUAAUAACAUAGUUCUAUAAUCUUGUCUCCGUUUUAUCCAAUAACAGCUGAGCGUGGAGGCAGCUUGCCGAAAUGCAGAGCAUGCUCGCCAGGAAUCAAGCUUACGCCAACUUGUGAACAAAGACAAAAGCAAAUGCAGUAAGAACACGGCUCCCUAUGUGGUUCUAUACACUGAGAAUCAAGCCAGCCCUUGUUGCUUUAAUGGCAAAGAACUCGCAAUUACUUGACCCUUUUCAAAUUAGGAGAGCAUUACACCAAGUACCAAUAUCAUUAAAAUAUACUGCAAAAUACACUUUAAUGGGAAGCACUGAAAGUGCCCAUUGAUUUCACAAGCUUUAUUGUAACUACACUUCAACUUAAGUUGAUCACUAUUGUGAUCAGUGAAAAACUUUCGAGACAUGUUUAUUGCAAUAUUUUACAAAAUGUCUGGUAAUUUUCCCUCUGUAGAGAUUACAGUGUAGAGAAAUGUUUUAAUGCAACACAAGGGCGCCAUCUAGUGUUCAUGAAUAAUACACAUCCCUACAUUAAACGAUGUGUAAGCAACUUGAUCAUAAACCAUACUAAGCUGCCUUCUGACUCAUUGCAAUGAGUGGAUUCUUUUAUUUCGUAUAGGUUUGGCCAUUUAACAGCAAUGUAUUACCAAUUUCUGUUUAUACAUUUCUUAUGGGAAUGGAAUAUAAAUCCAAGACCUAUUCAUAGGGUUGAGAGGGGUGUUGAGAAGAGUACCACAGUCAGGUGCACUAGUGUCCUCUUUUGGGAGAAAAUGUUUUUAUAAAUUAAUUCUUAAACAUGGAUUUAAAACAAGAAAUGCAGGUGAUUCUGAUAGUGUAUUUUAAAAUGCACUAAUUAAAGAAACACUCUGCAGAUAUGCAGAUGAGAGGGUAUAUGAUAACAUUAUACAAAUAUAUUUGGGGCCAAUACAAAACCAUGGUGUGGAAAUCUAUUCACAAACCGGACUUUACAUAGGACACGAGGUCAUGCGUUUAAACUGGAAGAAAGAAGAUUUUGUCUAAGGCAAAGGAAAGGUUUUUUUUUCUGUAAGAACAAUAAGGAUAUGGAAUUCUCUGCCUGAAGAAGUGGUUUUAUCAGAGUCCAUACAGAUGUUCAAACAGCUACUAGAUGCAUACUUGCAAAAACAGAAUAUUCAAGGAUAUAAUCUUUCAAUGUAGGGUAAUAACUGCUUGAUCCAAGGAUAAAUCUGACUGCCAUUUUGGGGUCAAGAAAGAUUUUUCUUCCUAGCUUGUUGCAAAAUUGUAAGUGCUUCAAACUGGGUUUUUUGCCUUCUUUUGGAUCAACAGCAAAAAACAAAUGUGAGGAAGGCUGAACUUGAUGGACGCAAGUCUCUUUUCAGCUAUGUAACUCUGUAACUAUGUAAGAUAUAGUAUAUACAGCUACUGAAUGUGCUCUCUUGCAACGCUAACUUUCUGUGGCUGCCCGAUCACAGACAUUGUGCUCUGAUUUAAAUAAAAAUCUGGACCUUUUUAUAAAUUGAAAACAAAAGUGGACACACUUCACAGCUGAAGUGCUUGAGGUGUUUGCGGUUUUCCCUUACACUAGGAUAUUGUAUUCUCUAUAUUUCAUCAAAUGUCUCUUUUCAUAUAUACAUGUGACUGCUUACCUUUUCUAUGUAACUUUUUUCGACUAGUUCAUCAUAAUGUUUUGUUAGCUCUAUUAUUAAUAUUGGUGUAUUCUUUUCUACUGUUCUCUUGGUUUUGUGCGUUCUGUGAUCUUGUCUAUAGUUAGUUGGUAUCUGUUUGUAUGUGUCCAUUUGUUUAGUCCCAUUAAUAAUGAUAAUGUAAUGUUUUUAUCUAGGUGCCAUGGCCAGUCCUGCAGUUAAGCAGAAGCUGCUGGAGAUGAUUCGCAAUAAACAGCAGGUGGCGCCAGAUCGCAAUAACGUUACCAAUCACAGCUCAAACACAACUAUGCUUUACAGGUAAGUUACAACCAAAAGAACAAGCCACGCAUCAUUUCUUUAUCUACCCAUACAGUUUGCUAAUAUAAUGUAAACAUUCUUUUAUUGUCAUCUUUUUCAGGCCCCCUGAGAUUGAAACACAUCAACCUCCUAUUGUGAAUAAUUUCAUUCCUCAAGUGACUGCCCGCAGCUGCAAUCCUUCAGAGCAUUUUCCUCUCCGGAGGACAGGUGGGACCUUCUUCUGAAAUAGUCUUUCUGUAUUGGGUGUUGGGAUCCAUUGCAUUCGGGAAUAAAAAACAAUGUGGUGGUGGCACCUGUGUUGCCCUGUAAUAUACCCACUUACAUAUGGGAUCACGACUACUAUUAAAAUUCUGAUGGACUUUAACAAAGUUCUCUCUUUCUCUGAGAAUCUGUAAUUUAGUUUCAGUAAUGUAUAAUAAGUACAGAAGGAAGAUUACCUGGUUGCUUAAAAUGUGUUAUGGAGGGUGGAGGAUGUUUAGUUAACACAUUGUACUAGAAAGGCCAAGGCUCAACAUGCAAAUUUAGUUAAUUCUAGAAUAUUGUGAGCCCUGAGCACUAUCUGCUCUGGACUCAGGGUGGGCUUUAUUCACCUUCAGGGUUGUUUGGGUUCCGUAUCCAGAAUUCCUCCUGCCAUUUGACUGGUGGCUAAGCAGUGCUCCAUUUAUGUAUGCAACGAAUAGACUAAGGAUUAGGGCAAACCCUCUUUAUGUAGGAGUUCCAUUGCUACGCUUUGUAUCAUUUCAUGUUAGCGCUUCAUAAAUGAAAACGAGCACUGGCCUUUAUUUCCUAUGCAGCCUCUGAGCCUAACCUGAAGUGGCCCUGCAGGCCCAAGAAGUCUGGAAGGAAAAACCCAUUAACCCGCAAGGAAAGCGCUCCACCUGCAGUCAGAAGGAGACCCCUAGAGACCCAGGGUGGGUAUAUUACAUUUGAAUGAGCCCUUGGUUCCAAAUUUAACUCACAACAUUUAUUCUGCCAGGUUCUCAUUACUAGCACUUCUAGAUUAGUCACAUAUUAGAUUACGUUUUGGGAAACAUGGCAUUAUGUAGUUAGAAACCUCUAUAACGUAUGCUUAAAUAGUCUGUUAUUUUUAUUAUAUUAUUACUUAAAAAUUCCACUUUAAAACUAUUGUUGAAGUUGUUAUGGUGUUUAUUGGGUCGUUAUAAAUGCUUUUCUAAAUAUUCACUUAUGAAAGCACCUGAAAUGGCAAAAGUUACUGUUUCAGGGGCACAUCAAUGGUGAUUACAUUAAAAGGAGGCCAUCUCAGAUUCACAUAGUUCACAUAGAAUCCAUAGUUUGUUUUGUAUUAAUACACUAAGUUUCUAGAGCUGACUUUACGAUAUACUUCUGUUCUGUGUGUUAUACUACAAUCUCUUUAAAAAACUUUUUUUUAAAAACCAGAACAAAAUAACAAAACUGAUUUGUGCUAGGCUAGAUAAUAAAUAUGUACUAGAUUUACUUUAUAUUAACGCUGAGUGAAGAACCCUUUAAUAUUCUAUUUCAUUAGCAACUAGGAUAAAUUACAUUUGCAAAAAAAUGGUUAAAUUGGAUUAUAUUAAAAAAAAUGCAAUUCAGUUGAACUGGGGAUUUAUUUUCCACUUUGUUUUUGUUUAAAUAUUGCAACACAGAAAUCAUCUAUGUGCAUCUCUCUUAUCAUUCUAUAGUGAAUGAAAAUAAUACUUUGCUAAAUCUGUUCUUACAAAUGCAUGUCCACGUGGCCUUGUUCUUUUCUAUUGCUAUCACAGUCUUUCUGUUCCCUUUGCAGACUCUUCACCGAGCAGUAGCAGUACCCCGGUGUCUGGCUGCAGUUCACCAAAUGAUAGCAUUCCGGCUGAAAAUGGAAGUCUUUCAUCCAUCCCAGGAGCUGCCUCGGAGGUAAUUUAGACAUUGUCAUUGUACAUUUUGGUAAAAACUUAAAUAAUUUCCUGUAGUCUUCAAACAGCCCAGAUCAAACUUAUUCUAAGCUGAACGAGUAAAAAAAUAAAACAUAUCUUGUGAUCCAUGGACUCUGCCAUAUGCUUCUUUAGUUUAGUGAUAAUUUCACUUAGUACGUUAAUGGCUUUUUAUUGCAUUUUAUUGGAAAUGUGCAGAUGUAGAAGAUGAAGUUAUUGGCCAUUUAGUCACUUAUUUCCUGGUAUCAUAUGGCAAUACAUUUUCAAAUAACCUAUGGGCCACUGCUAUUUUCCUGAUCUUCAAGUUUUUUGUUUUUUUAUGACAUAUACUUGCAUAUAAGAUGUAAACCUAUUUUUCACAAUGUCAAAUGAGAUACAGCAUUGGCGUAUUACUGACCCCUGUGUCUUCCUCGUUGAUGUACCUUAACCUGAUUAAAACCCAAAUCUAUCCUCAUAUCGCCGUUCAGCUUUAUUUUAUCGUAUUGGAACAGUGCUCUGCUUAAAGGGACACUAUAGGCACCAAAACGUCUUUAGCUUAAUGAAGCAGUUUUACUGUAUAGGUCAUGCCACUGCUGAAUUAUAUGUCAAUUAGGAGUUAAAUCACUUUUGUUUCUGUUUAUGCAGCCAUUGCCACACCUCCCCUGGUUGUGACUGACACAGCCUGCAUGGAAACAAAAUGGUUUAAUUUUCAAUCAGAUGUUAAUUUGCUUUAGAAGAUUAUCUCUCCUGCUCUGUAAAUUGAACUUAAAUCACACACAGGGGGCUCAUAGAUGGUCUAAAAAGCUAUUUACAGAGCAGGAGAUAAGAAAUUCUAAAUUAAACAGAAAUUGCAAUAAAGGAAGUGUGAACAUUAGAUGACUCUGUACAGGAAGUAUUGAGAAAGGCUAAUCGCAUGCAGGAUGGCAUGACUAUGGCUGCAUAAACAAAGUGCUUUAACGCCUAAAUGGCAGGGAAUUGAGUGGUGAGACUGCAGGGGCAUAACCUAUACAUCAAAACUACUAAAUUAAGCUAAAGUUGUUUUGAUGCCUAUAGUGUGCCUAUAACGCUUCCUCUAGAUUAUUCUCCUUUCACCAUAUUUUAUUUCCAAAAUCAGCUAAAAAAAGACCUCUAUGUUCUUCCUUUGUAACAUUGAAAUUGUCUAUCCAUUUGUCAACAUCCUCCUUCAUAACAUUAGGGAUCUCCAGUUCUCAUCAGCAUAUUCCAUUGAUUGUAAAUGCUCCAUAUUCUUUGUUGAUAAUGCAUAUUUUUGUGCUCUGGUAUCUUCCACUAUAUAUAAUAUCUAGAAAAAUAUUUUCUUUUCAUCUGCCCUAUCACCAGUGUGUCCUACCACAAUUUGGCAAACUUAAACACUGCACAACUUCAGAGUCAGAGUCUGACAACAUCAUUUAAAUAAACGGGUUCCUUAACAUUAAAAACCAAAGAAAAAAGUUAUUUUUUCCCAAAACCCUACGCACAUUUAAAUAACUGGAUUUUUUUUUAGUUUCUAGUGAUAUCAACAAGCCUCCAGUUAUUUAAAUGUGCGUAAGAAUUUUGGAUAGUGCACAUGUACCUGUUUUCUUUGGGGGUUUUUUGUAUGUAUUGGGGCUGAUGUGUGCUAUAUUCAUUGCUGCUGGUCAGGAGUAGUGGGAGUUUGAGUGCAGAGUUUAAUUUUGUAUGUUUGUAUUUGCUUUCUUAACAUGUUUGUCUAACAGAACCAUUAAGACUGCACUUCCUCUUGCUCUUAUAUGCAGGAGCAAUAGGCAGAAGCAGAGACUUCCAGUCCGAAUGAAUACAUAUUAAUAGUACACAUUAAUCCAUGUAACUGCUGCACUUAUUUACCUCCCCUCUAUUAUAACACUUUCAUUAGUUGUAAAGCUCUAAGUUUAUAUGAUCAACUUUCUAAACAUAUGUAACCUUAAAUAUUUUUCUGUUGAAAUUUGACUAUCACAAGGUGGUUAUACUUUGUGCUUUUGUUUGUACAACUGUUUUGAAUAUUUUAUUGGGUGAUGGUUUGUGUAGGCCUCAGCAAUAUUUAUAAUUUGUUAUAUGUGGGUUUGUUUGGUACAAUAAAUGAGUAUUUUGGGACUUCUUUUUCUAACAGUAUGUUUGCUAUCGUCAAUAAACAGGGAGAUAUAGAACGGAGGACAUUAUCUGGUAUGGUACAUGUCCCACUUGUGACGCAUCCCACCGUCUUCAUGUCAUCGGGUAUAGAGGGCCAUGACGGUACCAACUCUUUGGCAGCUCGUUUGCAGCCAGUAAUCAUCCUAGAAUCCUCAGGAACUCGUACACCUUUAGUGGCAGGUAGGUACUUUAGAAUUUAAACUACUACUUAAUGGCAGUAGCUGUGGCCGUGUGCUGUGUUCUGCAGUAUGGUGAAGAAUGUUCUCAAAGAAACACAAAUAUUUGCCAAUGAAAACACUAAAUGUAUAAAGUUUUUAUUUUUGAACAGAAUGUUACUCCUUCCUUCUAGAAAAAAUGUUUACGAGAAAUAAGCUACAUUUUUUUGAAGUUUUGUUCGGCAGAUGCCUUGUCAUUUAUGUAUUUUAUCACCCAAAUGUAUAAUUUCUCACUUGUCUUAUCCUGUUUUCUGUAAAAAGAGGAUUUAAUAUCAGCUGUAGAAGGGUUUCACUAACCACUCCUUUGCAUUACACAAGAUCGCACAUUUUCUGAUGAUUUUUCUGCUUGGCUGGCCCCAAUACAUUAAUUUGCCUUCUUUAUUUAGUAAUAUGUAAAAUAUAUGUAAUACAGUCAGUCUCAAAAUCUAAAAUACAAAUAAGUAAAAGAACACUAUUUAAAAAGUCAUUUUCAUUUGUGGUUCAGGUUAGUUAAGCUCACUAAUAACAUUUAAAAUAUGUAGGGUAUAUGUGAAAUGAGAUAGAAAGGGAUAAAAAUAAAUACUCGUGAAGUUUAUCCAGGCAUUAAGUACAUGAAACUCUCAGUUUCUAUAAUUGAUUUCUUGUGUAUAAGCCAAGUAUAUUUUUUUACAAUGUCUGGAACAAGGAAUUGCCAUUGUAAAAAUAAAAAAAUCUACUGCCAUCUUGUGGUUACUGUAAACAUAGCAACAUUGCACUUCAUACUAUAGUGUCUUAAGCUUUGAUUUGGUUUCAUUAACAGUUCCAGACCAGGGUUACAGGACUUAACAUUUUGUUUUUCUUGAAGAAAUUAAUAUUGAAACAGGUUUGCAGCCAACUGUUAAUUGUGAUUGUAAUGUGUACAGGGGAUAAUAUUUCCCAUUAUUUCUGUUUCAGUUCAAAGUCUAGGUUCAGUGCCUUUUCAGAUCUCUCCCUCCCUUCUAAGCAAUCACUCAUCAGUUCUUGGACACCACAAGGCAUUAAGCAGAACCCGUUCUGAACCAAUUCCUCAAAAUCAGAAGACACUUCAACAGCAAUUGCUCUAUCAACCGCAAUACCCAAUGUACACUGAACAUUUAAAACAGCGGCAGUUUAACAAGGUAAAGUUUACUGAAAAAGCCAUGCUUGUGUGUUUUAGGCAAUAUGGUUUUUUUUUUACUUUGUUGUGGGGGUUUUAAGUCCUAAAUUAUUUGUGUUUAUGAAUAGUGUUCCAUGUCUAGUCGGUGGGACUGGUUCGCUAACUUUGUGUUCUGAACUCACAUGUCUAAACUUUAUGUUGAUGAAUUGCAUCUUUUAUCUGUAUCUAGCUAGUUAACAUGGGAAAGGAUGGAACAACCCCUACUGAAUAUAGAGAUGAGGGAUAAACUGCCAGAAACAAUGUACAUUUUAGAGUUAUAAACAAAUGCCUUUAUUUAGGAACAAUUAAUGGUUUGACAACUGUCAAUUGUUCCACACUAAUUAAGUAAAUUAGGUCUCGAAAUAUGAUUCUAACAAACCCUAUGUCUAUAUAAAAGCAGUGUUGGAACAGAUAGCACCUUCAAGCACAACCCAACAUUGUUUAAAGCAGGUAACACUUUCAACUGUGAAGAGAAGACUUAUGUUGCCAAGAUGGCAAAAUGUGAAUAAGAGACUUGCCUGGAAAAAUGUAUUUUCUCUAUCACACAGAGUUUUUGUAUUGCAUUGAGAAGUUGAAAGGAUGGUUAAUCAUAAUGUGACAUCACUGUCAAACACGGAGGGGGUGUUAUGGUCUCUUGAACCUAUGAGCUGGCUAUUUGCAUAGAGUGAGUGGCAAUCUGAGUCAAAAAGACUUAUGCAGUAAUCUCAGGUGCUUAGCCUCUAGUUUGUUGUAAAUCAAGAUAUACCUCCAGGCUGUGUCACAACUCCCUUAAGCUCCAAAACAUGGAAGGGGCAGCACAACUGAGCUGACAUUUUUAUGGGGGAUGUAGUAUUCUUUUAAACCGCUUACAUUUCUAUAAUUACUGGGAAACAUUAGGUGUUCUAAAACGAGAUUAUCACAGUAUCCAAUUCUUUUUAAAGCUGUACUUGAUGGGUAUGUUUUGUUUUAUUAAACCAACUUCCGUGUCAUAAAAGUGCCAAAAUUCACAUUGAACUGAGCAACUGUGUUACGCACCUAGCAGAUAUAUGAAUGUAUGAUUUUACCCUGGACAAUAGUAGGGGAUCCCAAACCAUUUUUAUUUAUUCAAACAUAUAUUUUAUUAUUCAAACAACAGCAUAGUGGUACAAAUGAUUCAGUAAGGAAAUAUAUAAAGAUCACUUAGCUGCCAAUACUGGAGUUUAAUUCCUUAAGAAAGGAGUUGUGGAGAAGGGUAGAGAGGGUGUGGGAGGAGGGCAAAGGGGAAAGUUGAAGAAAAAAACAGGAUAAUCUAAAGAACUAUUACUGCAUCACUUAUAAGAAUGUCCAGGUGGGUCAUAUACAAUAUUCCUGCAAGAGUCCCUCCUUAACUUCUCAAUGUCAACAAAGCCAUAGUUAAAAAAGUGUUGAGCCAUGAUGACCACAUUUUAUGUACAUAUUUAUAUGUCCUAUACUUGUGAGUUUGUCUGUGGACAAUAUGUUUUAUAUUUUACCAUCUAUCUGGGCUUUGUGUAGGAAUUGAGACUUCCAGGUUCUUGACAGGUUAACCUGACAAACAUCUAAUAUACAUUUAUUGGUACAACCCAUUUAUUUUAUUCCAUGUCUUUUAUUUUAACCCAGAUAUUUUUGAGACAAAGUAAACAUUGAGGGUUAGCUAUAGCAUUUUCCAUGAACAUCUAUAUCUGAUAUAAUCCCUAUUCUUAUUUUCUUGGUGUCCAAGAUCAAAUGUAAUGAGCGAGGCUUGUAAGUAAUCUUUUUGACAUGGAUCUGUUCUGUUUGUUCAUUGCAGCGUCUGUCAAAAACCAGUGAGAGACCAAGGUUAAGCCAGAUCCCAUCAGAGGAGCUUGAUGACAGUGGAGCUGCAAGCGAGAGGCCUUCAGAGGUAGGAGGAAACUCUCUGAGAGGGCAUGGCGAGUCCUUGAGAGGUGGUCUGCACGAUACGCACAGCUCCAGCCAUUCAGUGGUUCAGCAACAACAUUAUCUACCGCAGGUACAAACAGCCUUUCAGGCCUAUCAUGCAGCCACGAACUGGCUCCUUCCAAACAGGCAAUCUUGUGUCCAGUUAGGAAAGUGCAGUUUGUGGGCUAUGUAAAUAAAUGAUAAUAUAUGAUGGCAAGUCAAUUCUACACAAUAUAUUGUGGCAAAUGUGAUGUCAAUAAAAAGCAAAAGGCAUACAGGGUUAUUAACUAAGGUUAGAACCCAAAGGGAAUUAAAUUAUAGUGCCAGAGUAGCUGAACUGACGUGGAUAAUUUUUGUUGACCGUAAAUUUUAAAUUCACUUUGAAUUCACAUUGAAUUCUCACUUUAGUGAAUAACCUUGGAAGGUUCAAACAGAAACAAUCGGAAAAUUAACAUACACCAAUUAACAAAAAUCUGGAGUUAAUGAAGUGUAGCAGUCAGGAAUAACUGUAUAUCUGUUUUAUUUUUAAUUCCUUGUGUUUACUUUUUUUCUUCAUUAAUACAUUUGUAUUUGUGAGAGAUGGAAAAUAAAGCUAAAUGUAGAAAUCGAUACCCAUUUAUCCUGGAACUGGGUUCUUAAAAAAAUGAGCUCCUUGUCAAUCAUUGUCACAAGCUCUGUCCUCUGCACUUGGCAGUCAGCAUAGAGAAGAGGAAUAAAACAAUAUUUCUAUUUAUCCUUUUUAUUUGCACUAUGUUUCCUGUCUGAACUGAUCUGAAUUGUGAUGUCCAAUGCUAAAUCUUUAAUAUUCAUUUUAACAAAAAUGUUAACCUAUUUUCAAUAAUUUAUUCACUGGUGCAAUUUUCAGAGAGGUGGCCGUUCCUCUUUAUUGUACUAAUUUUAAUUAUAGGGCUAUUCUUUCAGUGUUGCAGGAAUAUAUAUACUCUGAAUACACAAUAAUAUGUCUCUCUAUAUGUCUGAAAAAUGUAAUAUUAACUCAUCUCUGAUUUAUGAGGAAUGUAUGAUUAUUCUCUUCCUUUCAGACAUGCGGAUGGGAUCAGAGUCACCAUCGCAACCUCCAACAGUUGAAAAGGUCUGCACCACUUGACACUCUCAUGAUACCACUUCAGCAAGGCACACAUCGCCCUCUAUCAAGGGCAAAGUCUUCUCCAGCUUCAGCCUCCUUACCAACUCCAGAUCCCUCUUCUAAAACAAUAUCACUAGCUGUGCCAGAACAGGCUACCAAGCCCCGCUUUACUACAGGUAACUCAAGUGUUUACAGCCGACCUCUGCCUUCCUAUAGCCAAACCAAGUAUGUCACUGGAUUACCGGGAUAUUGCUCUCUAUUCAGAUUUCCUCUUAUCUUCAUAACUACACCAAACUGUAUCAAAAUGGGAUACACAGUGCAAAGCAAGAGUUUUAUUCACAGCCUUUUUUUUUUAAUUACAGUGUUUAUCUACCAGUUUCUACAAAAGUACCAAAAGUGUCCAAUAUUUCAGCCAUUUUCUUCAAAUGUAAACCUAUCAAUUAACAAGUACCUGUAAUAUUAAAAUUUAAGUGGCUCGUUGACUUCAUUGAAAGUACCACAAGCGUCAAACAUACCACAAAUUCAGAAACUAUCUUGUGCUAAAGCUAAUGUGGCCAGAUCAUUCCUUUACUUAAAUAUGUUUCAGACCUGUUAAUGGAAAAUGUGUAUUGGAUUCAGAAUUCCAUUAAUGUACGUGGAGGCCUGCAAAAUGCAUCUUUUCUAAACAGUCAUAUAGCAGCCUAUGUAUCCUAUGUCUACUAUUCAGUGUUUGCCCACAAGCUGGCAAAGCACUAUGGGAUUUUCAGUUCUACAGUACCUGGAAGGCACCAUUUGUGCCUUAUGGUGAAAGGCUUCAUUGGCAGAGAGGACUACAUGCUCUUAAAGUGACGCACCAAGCCUCAUAUGCACAAAAAUGUAUUAUGGUACGUGUAGUGCCAGCAAGCACCAUUAGUCCCUAUUAUUAUGUUAACAUUGAUUAUGUAAGUAAUUUCUUAAUUUAAAUGCACUAUUGUUCAACUCAACCUCUGAAGAUUCUAAAUUAGAACUUUUACAGUAUAAGUAAUUCGGAAUUAGAACCUACGUAUAAUAUAUGUAUGUUUUCAUGUACAAUAAAUUAAAAAAUCAUUAAAAUUCCAUUGUAGACCACUUUUCUACUAAUUACUGACACGUCAAACUGUGGAUGGUCCUUCAAAUCACAAAGGUGUUUUAAAAAAAUGAAUCCAGGUUUUGUAACUUGUCAUCAUCAUCAUCAUGUGUUUUUCUGUGAGACGAAUUGAGGACUUCUGUGCACAGGUCUAACAUCUUGUCCUUUCCCCUCCGGUCAGGAAUUGUGUAUGAUUCAGUUAUGCUAAAGCAUCAGUGCACCUGUGGAGACAACAGCAACCACCCAGAGCAUGCUGGGAGAAUCCAAAGUAUCUGGUCCCGCCUGCAAGAGAGGGGAUUGCGCAAUCAUUGUGAAGUACGUAUAGCCACUAUCAAAGGUCAAUGGAUUAGUAAAAUAAAAAGUAACUAUAAAAAAUAUAGUUACUUAAUCUUGAACCUCAUGGACUUGUCUAUUCUUUAAAGUUCUUUCGGAAUAAUCUUUGUUGCCGAAUGUCUCACUAAGAUACAUUUUCUUGUGGUUUCUCCUCUUUCUGUCACAGUAUAUCCGGGGAAGGAAGGCAUCCCUCGAGGAACUGCAGUCUGUACACACAGAGACUCACGUACUGCUCUAUGGAACCAAUCCUCUGAACAGACUGAAACUGGACAACCGCAAGCUGGCAGGUAUACCUGAGUGUCUUAUCGUACCGACAAUACAAGCCAGAGGUGUUAGCAAAACAAUGUGAUACUUCAAAAGCUGUGCAAUAAUUUCACAUGUUUCCAUUUCACCAUACCAGACAUAUGCUAUUCAUUUCAUGGAGAAAAAAAAUCAAUUUAUAAAGAACUAAAUACCAGCACAGUUUUUUGUUGUUGCUUUUUUUACUGUUGUGAUAGGAAAACAAUUCAUUAACAAUGCUAAAACCUUUUAAUUUUUUACAAUCCGCUUACAGUUUCACUGUGGCUUUCCACUGCCCUCUAGUGGACAUCAGUAACACUGCAUCUAAUAUCUAUUUUGUUCAACUAACUCUGGUUUCAUGUUUUAUUAGUUUAUAUAUUUAAGAAAUAAAAGAUCUGCCUAGCAAAAAAUAUAAUAAGAUUCUGUAUUUAUAUUAUGAACUUUGUUUUGCUUCUAAGCGAAUUAACCUUUUGAUUUUAAUAUUUCCUAUUUGAUUUUUGAAAUAACUUGUGCAAUGUGCAAUGUAUAAAUGUAAGGGUAGAAUUAAAAAAAAUAACAGGCAGACAAUCUAGCACUUGCGGUCAUAGAUUGUGGUGCAUUGCAAAUUGUUGUUUCAAAAUGUUGUUUGGAUCAUGUAACGAGUGGAGCUAACUCUCUUACUUCUGGGUAUAAAAGAUAAAUUGAGGCAUCCCUAUGAAUGUGUAGAUAAAAUCUUUUUUAUAGAAUUUGUUGUUAGUUUCCAGAAGCAUUAUAUUAGCUUAUCAGGAUGCUUUUUCCUGACAUGGGCCUUUUGUUCUUUUUUACCUACAGUAUGUUGUUGAGAAAUGAACGUAAAUGUGCAUUAUAUUAUCAGUUUAGAUGUAGUAAUCCCUUUAAAUCUAUUAAUAAGCACAGCAUAGAUGUUAAUUAAAAUGAAUAAACACACCAACAUACUCUUCAGACACAGCAGAAACAAAAGAAUCAUUAACUAUAGAACAGAAACAAGUGUUUUUUUCUUUAGAGCUUUGCAUUAUUCUUGCAAUAUAGUAAAAGAUGUUCUGUAUGCGCAUUAUAUUUUGUUUUGGCAGAUUCAAAUGACACAUUUAUAUAUAUAUAAAUGUGGAAAUCCUGUCAAUUAUAUGCAAUAAUUAAAUGAAUAAAUAUCUUAAAAUGGAAGUCAAAGUCAAACUACACUUAGUACAUAUUGGCUUCUGUAGGGUUACAUAUUAUGAUCUAUGGGUACACAUUAUAUACCUCGGGUUUUUUCCCUACAUGUUGGUGUGGUGAUUCAUGGAAUCUGUUUAGUAAAUGGUUUCACAGCUAACUUGCAUACUUUUUGUUGAAUGCCUGAACUGAGGGAAAUAUUAAAUAAACUCGGAAACUAGUAGGUCUUCUUAUUACGAACCAAUUAAUUCAUAUUUGAGAGAAUAAAAAUAUAAACUAGAGUUGAUGAUGUAAAAACUGAUUUCUAUAUAAGAACUAUAUAUAAACAUGUGGUUGUUAUUUAUGCAAUAGGGGUGUCAGUCCAUGUGAGGAUUUAGCAAGGUUGUUUAAUCAGUUAAAAUGUCUUUAUCAUUGAACUGGAUGCUUGUUUCUUUUCAGGCAUCUUGGCUCAGAGAAUGUUUGUGAUGCUGCCUUGCGGAGGGCUUGGGGUAUGUACAAACAUAGGAUUUGCUUCCUACCUCCAAUUACGUAUCACCAUGUUCCUAUACACACACCUCCUAAACACACAACUUCUCACUAUCCCCUUCAUACUAAAACAUCUCACCUUCCUAUAGACAUACACCACUAAGAAGACUUACGUGUCCCACCAUCACCUACAUACGAAUACAUCUCUCCUUGCUCCUACAGACGUACACAUUCAUAACGCAUUCAUACAAAUUAAAAGGAUAAUUUUCCUAAACCCGUUACCUCUUAUAAUGUCUUACAUAUAUACACUUCUCAACAUAUUCCUACAUUCGUACAUGUUUGACCAAGUGUUUAUUACAAUAUUUCUAAAAACACAUACCCUCUCACUAUGUCUCUACAUACGUAUACAUCCAUCUGUCUGUGUUCUUGCACAGAACAAAAUAGAAAAAAAUAGAGGCUGCGCAAAUAGUUGCUGUGUGCACAAAACAAGAUGCUACUACUAUUUAUUUGAAGGAAAAACAAAAAACGUCUUGGGGUAAUCCCUUUUUCAAUCCAUCUUAUCCCUAUGUUCUUGCACACGGACACAAAGCACGUUCCCAUGUAUCGCUCUCCAAGAAGCUUCCAUCAAACAUGACAUGUUCACGGCACAAAAUAUAUUCUUAUUGCCUUUAACCCCUUAAGGACACAUGACAUGUGUGACAUGUCAUGAUUCCCUUUUAUUCCAGAAGUUUGGUCCUUAAGGGGUUAAAUGCUUUUUUCAGUAAUAUAUCAACCCCAAGCAUUUCUUAUUUGAUAUUUCAUAUCCUGAUAAGAAUUGCAAUGUGCAGUCAUCGAUUUGCAUAGUAACAGCUCAUGUAAUAUUGAAGAUGCAGAUGUCAUAUACAAUUGCCCAUAGGGAUAUCAUACAGGCAGGUAUUGCUGCCUUUUAUCCCACACCAGGGAUGUACAUACUUCUGUAAUACUAUUUUUUUUCAUUUAAAUGAAAUAUGAAAGAGAAUAUUUCUCUUUCUGAAAACCUUUUUAGUACAUGCUUCAAGGGGGCAUAGUUUGGAUGUAUUUCAAAACAUUCCAGCUACAGAUACCUUACACUCAUGCUCUCUACAAUGAGGAAAGGGGAUGCUGUGGUCAAUGACACCUCAAAAGGUUGGUGAAACUUCUUUUUAACAUAAGCCCCAAAAGUGAGUCGCCCAACUUCAGCAUGGUGCCAGGUCAUCUAAACCUCAGGGGAUGAUUGAGUUAAGGCCUCACACAUGGGUUUGAUUAUCCCAGAAUCCCCCAGGUUUUUCCGUGUCUCCUUUGUUAUUUUCCUGGCUCUGACGCGACCCUGAUGAAAACAAGAUGUUUCACGGGAAAUGAAAGAAGAAGAAGAAGAAGAAAAAAAAAAGAUAAAAUAAAUUCCUUUCCAGUGCGUUUAUUCCUAAAAACAAACCAUAAUUGAGAUCAGAGGCACGAGCAGGCACAGGCUUUUGGGCUGCAGACUCACCCCAAAUCAUUAAGUGUUUUAUUCAUAUAUACUUCAAGUACUGACAUUGUGCUCAAAUUCUCUGGUAAUUCAUUGAGAAUGCACAAGACUGUGAUAACUCUGAUUUUGAUGAAGACCUUUUCACCAUUAUACAUGCUCUAUUUAACCUUGGCCUUCUAGCUGUACUCGUAGUAGAAUAACCAUAUGUUUCUGCUAGCCAGUGUCCCCAUUUUAGUAGCCCUCCCUUGUCCUCACAGUUAAUUCAUGUUCUUCUAGAGAUGUGGUCUCCAAUCUAGAACUCUUAAUGAGCUCAACAAUUUGUACUGGCAAUACCUUUAACUUUAAAGCUUAAUAUACUUUUUUGCAAUUCUUGCUGCCGUUACAAUCUAGACACCUUUUCUGAAAUCAAAGGCAAAUCGCAAGCUGUGGAAUUUUAUAGGUGGUUAUCAAAUAUCAUGAACAGUGUACACUUGCAUUAGUAUAAACAUUGGGUCAUUUGUAUGUUUGUAACAUUCCUGCCAAACACAGCACAUAAAAUAGUAAUAUUCAGAUAACCUUUGUAGACACAGACUUCAUUAAAGGACCAGUUAUUCCAGAUAUACCUUGUAUUCUUAUCAACUUAUUUUUGUGUUUAGGUUGACAGUGACACCAUUUGGAAUGAGCUUCAUUCAUCAAAUGCAGCUCGAUGGGCAGCUGGUAGCGUGAUUGACUUGUCCUUUAAAGUUGUUAACCGUGAAUUGAAGGUAAAAAAUAUGAAGCAGUAGCAAGUGAUUUAUCUGUUUCAAAACAAACUUUCUCAGUCCUUCAUCAUAGAGAUAUUGUUGUGGUACAUGAAUUGCCAGCCAAUCAUUAAAAAAAAUGGGGUGACAAACACUAUGCCUAUUUAUUUAGGGUUCUCCUUUUCCAAUUUGCCUUUAGAUGAAAUGAAAUUAGAAGAUUACCGCACACUUUUACUGAUUUCAACCCUGCAUUUAAUGCAGUUUACAAACAGCCUUUAAAAAGUAAAUGGCGUGGUUAACGUUUUGGAGCAAAAAUUUCUUAAAUAUAUGAAACCUGAAGAAAUAAUUAAUAAUAACAAACACAUUACCGAAACAAAAGAAUAAGGAUUUUAUUAAUGUGUUAAAACAUGUUAGAUUUUUUUUUCUUGCAUGUCUUUCAUUUUUACUGUUCAAAAGAGCAGUAAAAAUGUGCACAGUCUUAAACAUACUUUGCAAUAGCUGUUUACCUUCAUUAUUUACAUGUAGAUAGAUGGAUGGAGAGAUUGAUUGUAUUUUGCAUUUCUGUAGAAAAUCUAAAUAAAAAUCACAGUAAGGUCCAUAUAAGAAUAUUUCUUCUACAAAAUGUACAUGUUAUUUUUCACGUGAGCAUAUUUUUCUAGUUUUGCAAGCAUCCUGAAUUUCAUCAUGUAGCUUACUGUCUGUCUUUGAUGUGCAGUAAUAAAGUAAAUGGGACCGUAGAAGCACUGAUAGAUGUGAAGCUUUGAAAUGUCAGAAUUUAUAGUAAAGAGCAGCAUUUGUUCACAAGUAUAAGGAAACAGAGGCAGAAUUAAAAAUGAUUGGAGCAAAUAGUGAAAUAUCGCUUACAGAGAAAAGCCGAGGUUUAGGUGUUUAAAGUUUGGCAAAAGUUCUUUAGACAAAGUAUUAUUUUUGUGAGUGAAGAGAUUGUUGAUUUGUUUCUCUAAAUCCAUGGCCAAUAAAAGACAUUUUUAUUUGUGAAUUCAGUUUUCAGCAUGGCUUGCUUUUACAUUAUCAGUUGGAGGGUGGGCUUUUGGAAAUUACUGCAGCUCAGUAAUAAAUUACAGGUAGACGAGGACAAAUUAGUUCCUUUCUUGAGGUAUUGGGUUGACAAUUUUACAAAAUUUGUUUAGCACUUGUGACAUGUGAUAGUGUCUCAUAUUGACAUAAAUAACAGAGCAAAUUGGUUCUGAGCAAGAACUAUAUGUUUUAAGAACACCUUUAUACUUCAUACUAAUUUCUACAACCCUUUGACCAUAAAAAACUCUUGUAGGCUUUGACAGAGCUUGUUCAAAUAAUACAAAUGUGUAUUCCUGACCCUAUAGUGUUAAAAACACAAUUUAAGUCCCUAGCACACCCUUCCCCCCUUAAAUAAGGAGUUGAUUUACCUUUAUUCCAGCUCUUCGCAGGUCCACCGGUGCUGGCUCCACCCUUGAUUCGUCUCCUUGACUGAGAUCAUCAGAAUAGACAAUCUCAGCCAAUCCAAUGCCUUAGGAAAGGAAAGCAUUGGAUUGACUGUGAUAGUUUAUUCUGAUGAUCUCAGCCAAACACUGCCCUUGCAAAUCUGCAUCUCCUCAUAGAGGUGCAAUAAAUCAGUGCAUCUCUAUGAGGAAUGUUUAGUGUCUUUAUGCAGAGUGUGGAGAUGUUUAACUACACCCUAUGCAGCACUGAUCCAAAAAGCACCUCUAGUGGCCAUGUGAGUGACUGCCACUGGAGGUGUCCCUAGGCAGCAAUGUAAACACUGCUUUUUCUAUGAAAAGGCAGUGUUUACAGCAAAAAGACUGCAGGGACUGAAUAUACUCACCAGAACAACUGCAUUAAGCUGUAAUUGUUCUGGUGACUAUAGUGUCCCUUUAAUGUGGAACAAUGCUCGUCAAAUAGGAAGUUUUAAGUAAGAACCACUUCAAAAAGUAUAAACUGUGCCAAGCCCAUGUUUUGACCUCUGCAUUAUUUUAAGGUAUAGUUCAUAUUUUCACCUAAAAUGGAUCACUCCCUUUUUCCUUAUUAACACAAAUCAUAAACCAUUCAGAAUGUGAAUCUGAGUUAAGAAUUUAGUAUUCAUUUCACAGCUAAUAGCAUACAUUGACUUAGCAGUUUAAUCUUCAUUUAUGGUAUUUGCAGUUUGACUUCAUAGACACCUGCUGAUAUAGAUAGAUGGAUUUUGGAGAAAUAAAGAAUCUGAUCAUUUCAUGUUCUUUUGUUAAUGAUAACCCAAUCUUGCAAUUUUAUUUUCUAUUCAUUACUCCCUAUAAUUUGAUUAGGUCUAUAUUGUGCUCUAAUUAUUAUUUUCUUUGUUACAGAAUGGAUUUGCUUUGGUGAGACCCCCUGGACACCAUGCAGACCCUUCAACUGCUAUGUACGUACAUUAUUUGUAUUUGAUACUUUCCUUCAAACUGGUAACACUGACACAACCAAUCACCAUACUGAAAAUUAGGAUUUACAAAACAAUGCAAACGACCAUUAGGGCACCGUGGCAUUAUCAAUAUUUUGCACCUCUGUGUGUUUCUUUCUGUCCAUAUCAACUAGUCUGUUGAAACACUACUUUUAUUACUGUCCUGAUUAUAUAUAUAUUUGUCUCCUCAGGGGUUUCUGCUUUUUUAAUUCAGUGGCCAUUGCUGCAAAACAACUGCAACAAAAAUUAGAUGUCAGGAAGAUUCUUAUAGUGGACUGGGUGAGUAAUAUUCACUUUUUGUACAUUUAACAUGAACGUCUCCAAAGUGCAGGAACUGGCUGAUUUGUCUUAGCCGGCACUAGUACUUCCAUUGUUUUCAGUGUAUACAUUAUCUCAUAAAAUCAUACCCAGCAUCUUUAGCAAAAGUGUAACCUAUUCUAAAACACAAAAACAACUAAACAAACAAAAUACUUUUUUUUUUUUUUUUUUGACUCACAAAGAUUUUUUCCCUGCAUCUCGGACUUUCCCUUUCUAUGUCAUAUUCACAAUUGUAACUCCAUAUACUUACAAAUAUGAUCAAGCAUCAAAAAAGAAAUGAGGCACAAUCAAUUGUAUUUUAUAUCCUCAAAAGUUUGCCUGUUUUGUGUAAAAUAUUUUAUCUUGAAAAAAAGACACCAGGUAGAAAAAUAUAUAUGAUACUGUGUAGUUUAAAGAUCUUGGGUAACUGAGAGUUUUUGUCGAGCCAGGUUCUUUUUUUUGCGGCAAAUAGCUCUUUGUUCUCGUUUAACAAGACAUGUUUAUAUUUUGAGAUUUAAGACAUUAUUGUUUCUUUUGUUAGGCUUGGCACUGGCCCACUUUUUUUGUUUGUAGUUUGAUUUUCUCAAGCUAGUGCUCAGACUGAUGGAUGUAUCUGUGUAUAUUAUUUACUAAAGCUUGACUGCACCACCUUUCCUUUGGAAAUGAAAUGCCCUUGUUACACAUGUGGUGUGUUAGUUUAGACUUGAUUUUAUCCGGGUAUAAUUUGAGAUCCCUUCUUUUCGGAUAUGUGGUUGGUUGACUUUGAAGCUGAAGAUGGUUUGAUAUGGAAUUGUGGUCCUUUUGGUUUCCAGCUGUGGUCAUGUUGGUGCUAAACUGUUGAUUAUUUUGUGCUUGUGGCGUUUUUGCUUGUUUGAAAGUGGUAUUAGGAUUGCAAACAUUCUUCUUUUGGGUUGGAGCUAUGGUCAUCAUUGUUUUUACUUUGGUGUACGCAUAAAUAGUCUAGAUUCCAUUCUAGGACUUUUAUUAACGGGUUGCUGAAGUGCUUCAUAAUAUGCAGCAAUGACUUGUUACAAGACUGUUGAUAUUAUUUUCAAAAUGUGGAACUUAACUUUUUGAAACAAUAGCCUUAAAAAGUCUUGAAUAAUAACAUUGUUCAUAGUUGAAAACAAAUCUGGGUCUCUGAGCUUAGCUGUCCAGGGAUUCUCAGACUAAGAGGACCGUUUUCCCUUGACAGCUAUUGUUGGCCAAAGGUGUUAAGGUGAGGGCAAAGUCAAGUUCAGCAAAACCUUUUUUUUUUUGCCUCACAGUUUUAUUCAUAUUUCCUUAUCUUUCUUUUUCCUUUUCCCCCCCCCCAGGAUGUGCACCAUGGCAAUGGAACGCAGAGGGUUUUUUACAGAGACCCCAAUGUACUAUACAUCUCCCUGCACCGACACGAUGAUGGGAACUUCUUCCCUGGCAGUGGAGCUGCUGAUGAGGUGACAAUUUAACAUUUUCAUGUCAAGGAUUGCUCAGGAAAUUCUAACCCAUUUUGUUUAAUAAUUUUCUCAACUAAUCAUCACAAACCCUUACAGAUCUUCAAGUUAUAGAAACAUAUUGAUGUUUCGUCAAAAAACAAUAAUUGUGGAGAAUUUAAAAUUUGAACAUUUAUGCCAAAAUAACCAAAUUUGAAUGUAAUGGCUUUUAUUUCGCUUUUUUAAUUUUCUAUUCACUUGUCAUUUGUCAGCAACCUCAAAUUUAGUGACUAACCAUCAUUGUUUCAUACCCAAAAAAAAUGUAGUUUCUUAUUGUAUCGAGAUGACAUAUGUAUCAAUCUAGUCAGUUCUAGUUGGGUGAGAGAAGCUCCAUUCACCUCAGUGGGUUAAAUCUGAAGUUAAAAAAUAUAAAAUCACAGAUUGACAUUACUGAUCACGUGCAUCCAAUACUACAGAAUUGACUCUCAGGGCUGAAGGACUAAGAGGAUUGUGCAUCGUAAACAGUUUAUCAUCAUUACUUUGAUAUUUUGAGGAACAAAGGAUUUUUUUUGCGAGAAAGAGGGAGGGAAGAUGCAGAACAGAUGGGGAAUAUGCAUUCCUGCCCAGAAUAACUCCUUUGAAAACAAUGUUAUAAAAAUGAUAGACAGAACACUUGCAUUUCAUCAUUUGUAGCCUGCAAGAAGGAACAUAAAAAAAAAAAAAAAAACUUUUAAUCUCUUGAACCAUUAACAUUUUAACUGCAUAUAGAGUCAAAGGCCUGGAAAUUCCAAUCGGGUAAAUUUCAUCUUUCAUGAGAAAAAUCUCUUUCACUUCUUUGUCACUUUGCCCACUGUUAUCAAAUUGUUGAUUUUGUAAAUGUUCUUAAAGGGGCACUUUAGGCACCAUGUACUCAACUUUUUUUAGUGGGUACUACCUCAAACCCCUCACCUGCCUCUUGGUGACUGUCAGCACGUAACUCAAUGUUCAGGAUGCCUGAUUGACAGCCCUAGUAGGCAGCGUUGAUCCACUGCGAUUGAAUAUGAGAGUGGACUUCUGGUUCUCAGAGCGCUCUGCAUUAAAGCGAUUAUGGUGCUUCGACAAACCUUUUAAGUCAGUUGUCAAGUCACCAAAAUCAAUGUUUAAUAAAUGGACCCGAUAUAAUCUGUAGGAUUACAUUCAUUGCUAGCAUUAUAGAUAGUGGUCUAUGAUGCAUUUAUUAUCUAUGUAGAAAACUGAAGCUGUUUCUUGAUGCUAGCAAUGCAUUAAUUUACCAGUAUUAAGCAAGUCCAUGUACUGGAUAAGGUCUAUCUUCAAAUAGAUGGAUUGUAAUUUUAAACAAAGGCGUGUGUAAAGAGUAUGCCAGGGGUAUCCAGUAACACCCUGAUGCAGGACCUAGACGCAGGACUUAGAUGUCCAUAUCGGUCCCUACAUCCACUUAUGUACUAUUUAAAUAAAACUCAUUACCUGAUAAUAAAAAAAAAAUUAUUUAUCUUGGAAUGUUUGAGUUUCAUUUAAAGGUCUGUUAAAAGUGUGUACUGAACACAGCUACUGAUUUUUAAGAAAUCCCUAUCUCUCUUUGAAGAAUCUCCAUAUCUCUCACUCCUUUAUAUCAUAACCUCUUUACUCCUAAAGUAUUAAAACAUUUGCUGGUUGUGGCAUGUCCAAUUUCCUGAUUAUUACACCCUUUUGAAAGCCCAAAACAGAAGUGUAGUUUAUUUGCUGAAAGAUUAUUACACAUACAUGAGUAGACACAUAUGCCACACACACAUCUUAUAUAAUCUUAUAUUAUAAAUAAAAACAAAUAAACGAAAAACAGACCCCCUAGCACAUAGAGUAUGAUCACGGAUACUGCCUUGGAAGUUAUCACCAGCGAUGGUAUAAGUAGGAUAAAUGGGGGAAGGCACUGGGGAUAAGAGCCAGCUGUCCCCUGCAUGGCCCAGAUGUUGAUUUGAAGCAUUCUGCACCGGAUAUUCACUGAGUGACAUUGUGGCAUUUGCAUUCUGUAUUUGCAUUUUGGGCAUAUGUCAUAUUCUACAAACAUAAAGUAAUAAAACGGAUGGUAAGCCUGCCUGCUACAGGAAUUUCAAGAAGGCAGCAAUGGCCAGACAUGAUCCCCAUGUUAUGUAACUGCAGAGUCCAUCAUAAACAAUCAUCUGAUCUCUGUGCUGUGCCCCUGUGCUGCAGUGGUUUAAUUAGGAAAUGCUGUAAAAAAUAAGCUUUCUUCACUACUAUCGUGCAAGGACUAAGUAAAACUGCUUUUGCCAUUGUACAACAUACAUACACAUUACAGAAUAAGAAAUAGUUAAGUUAGCAAGAAAAGUAAGAAAAGACUUGUCCUUUAUAUUGUUGCUAAACACUGCUUCUUGAUUGACAGGUAGGAUAUGUCAUUUGGAAUAAUUUAUUAAAUCUGGAUUUGACUAUGGAAUUGCAAAUGUUAUACCAAAAUGGCAGAUUUGGAAAUAUCCACCAACUCCAAAAUUGUGCAAUUCUCAGCAAUUCCCUGUUUUAGUGAAAUAUCAAAAGUAUCUACGUAGAUCCGUGGCUCCCCUCUCUCCAGCAUUCUAAUGCUAAUCUAAGCACAUGAAUAUUGGGCUAAUCUGCUUCAGUUCUGUAGAAUGAAGAAGUGAACAUUUUAGUGCUGUAGAUGAAUGUGAAUCAAACGGUUUGUUUCACAAUUUAACAUCCAGCUGUGGCAGCUGGUAGCCAGACAUCACUAGCUCCAUGGAACCCUUGGCAUGUGCGUAGAUUGCUUGAUGGGGAUCUGGCAUUGUGCUUAAUCAUUCUGAGUAAUAGUGGAUGGCUUCAGCAAUUAAUGGGCGAGAAAUAGAUGACAUUAGGAAAAAAGAAUCAGGGCUAUAGGAUCAUUUUUCAAUCACACUCUCACAUGCAUUUCCUGAGUUAAUUGUCUAGAGGAACAUCAAAGAAUGUGGAAUUCAAUCUACAUAUUAUGUUCUGUAGUGUAUAUGUAUAUUUGCUGACUGGCAAUAUGAGGUAUUGGGUACGGUUGUUCAGAUCUUUCUUUAAAGACUCAAAAGUGAACAAUAUUCCAGGAUUAAUAUUGUGUCCAGCUAUUUUCAUUUGAUGUGUCAGUGGUACUGAAGAUAGCACGUUUUAUGUGGGCUGCACAUCUGAUUGAUAUUAGACUUCUUACGUGUAUUUCUGAUCUUUGUCUGGUUUGCAGGUUGGUGCUGGCAAUGGUGAAGGCUUUAAUGUGAACGUUGCCUGGACGGGUGGUUUGGAGCCUCCAAUGGGAGAUGCUGAAUAUCUUGCAGCUUUCCGGUGAGUCUCUACAUGUGCUGUCCACCCUUUCUCCAUGUACUUGCUUCUUCUUCCUUAUCUAGGUUUCCCACCUACUCUUUUCUGCUCCCACUUUUCACUCCUUUUCGUUUCUGUCUUUUCUGAACUUUUAGUGCAUUUUAGUGCUGGUGGAAAGUGCCGGAUGAGGAGAGCUGGGGACUGAAGCCCUCUGGGUGUCCACAGUCGCAGGUAUUACUUGGUCAGCAUCAGUGCAGCCACCUUCCCCGCGAUCCUUAUCAAUACAUUCAUUUAUGGACAUAACAUUAAUAUCCUGAUUGGCCCAUGAGUGAUUACCCCAUGCCCUGCUACACACCUUACACCAAUUAAUUAUGUGAAUACCAGUGUGGUAUUUGUUUUAAAGUAUUAAAUCUGAUUAUCUGCAAUGUGCAUCUCCUACAAGUUUUCUUCAUACCAAAUUGUGAAGCCAUGGCAUCCAAAACGCAAGUGGACAAAGGAGAUAUAUAUUGGUUUGUUCAGCAUAAGAGGUUGUAUUAAGACAAAGGCAUGCAUUAUUGGCCCUUCCAUUCUUAUUUUAUUAGCAUCAUGUUCUGCAUGCUGUUUCUAAUGUUACAUUUGAACAAAAAAAAACUGCUUGCCUGAAUUGUUACGUUGUAGUAUGUGGAUGUCCAACCUUGGCGCUCAGCUGUUCUUGACCUACAAUUCCAAACAUUUUCUGUUAUAUGUGUUAUUUGGAUUUAUCAGCCUGGGACAGCUGGAGAACCAAGUUUGAAGACCCCUACUGUAGUACAAAGAUCUUCAGAUGCUGGCUAACCAUUUCUAUCUAUUCUUAGCCCAGGUGGCCACAAGUUGGUAAAUCUGCCCGAAAGUGUAGAGUUUACUCUAUCUGCAUGUUUUCUGCUAAUUACACAUGUACCCUGCCUGAAAUGUCCCUACAAUUAACAGGUUUGCUGAUAGUAGCAUGCAGCCCAUUGUUCUGCAACAUGAAUCAGGCGAGUCCUCUUGCAGUGACACCACUCCACUACCAGCACCAGUCCACCCUGUCUGUCUGCUUUCUGCUCUGAAACCUGGUUUUCCAGUCUUUUCCUUAUUUCAUUUUGUCUUCUCUUAGUGAUGAUUGUUAUGGUGUUUUUUUAUGAUGAUACCACUGAUAACCUUAGCAUCAACUACUGAUGUCUGGAAGAUUACUUUCCCAUGAUGCUUGGGUUCCUUCACUUGACACGUGAAGUAAUUUUAGUGCAAAAGUCAUAAAACUAAAUGGCACCAGUUACCUGGCAGCUGUAAAUCAAGUUACAUUAUUUAUUAAAAGGGCCUGUUACGUGCAUUGAAUAUUUUAAUGUGUUUUAAAUGUUAUAGCUUAACUAUAUCAGGUUUGUAUAAAGGGACAUUGUAGGCGCUGUACCUGCUUCAUCUCAAGUGGUCAUAAUGUCUGGAGUCCCCUGGCACCGUCCUUCUAUUCAGUGUCAAAACGUUUUUAGUGUUUUUAUACUAAAUGUGAGUCCUCUGCACCCCACCCGGUCUGUGCUGUUUGAGCUAAUGAGGAAACAUUAGCUUGCGGAUCAGUGGGCAUCUGCAUUUGGCCGGGCGUGUCAACUGACUGCUUUUAGCCUGUCACAGCACCCAUAGCUGGUAUGAAGCGGCAUUGCUCGAAGGAAGUGUGUAAUCUCUACCUUAGCCAUACCACUAGUAGAGACUGGGCUGUGGGUGGCCAGAGACCCUUACUUAGUGUUAAACUGCUCAGAAAUUGUUUAGCACUGCAUGGAGGACUAAUGGCAGAGGACUCUAGGAGCUGUAACCAAUCUAGUGAGAUAAAAUGGUUAUAGUGAAUGCAUUGUCCAUUUAAGCUUGCCAGUAUAAACAUACAUGUAAUCUGUUUCAUCAAAUUCAACCAUUGGUCAUUGACUACUUACUCCAUCAGCAAUAACUGUGCAAAGAGAUUUAUUGGUCGAUAUAAGAAGUUGCCAUUGAGCCUUGAUUCUUGUAAUGUAAAAGAAUACAAUGUCAAUGGGAGCAGUCAAACAGAGCAAGCGGACAUUCUGCAAUUCACUUGUGUACACAGUACUUCUUGAUUGAGCCAUGUAAUGAUUGACACUUCUCCAUCACAAGAAAGAUGAACAAAACCUGCACAAAACGAAAGGGAAAAAAAUGAUGGAAUCAGUGGCUUCAUUUUAUUUUUAAAGUUCUUGCUGGUAAACUUUAAAAUGUGGCUACUGUUUUUGCAGUUAUCUCCUGUAUCAUGGUUAGGUGGAAGAUCUUUUUGGAGGUCUUACUGUCUUUGCUCCAGCUGACAGAAAGAAUCACCAUAGAGGUGCAUCACAGAGUUGUGUUACACCUGCAGUUUGCAUUGCAUCUCUAUGAUUUUUGCUGAUGUUUUCUGUAGACGACAGCAGGGAAGCCAAUAUUAGAGACCUGCACAUGGAGACAGCAGGGCCUGACAAGGUCUGAAUAUAUUUAAAAUAGCUUUUCUAUAAUCAUACAGUUCAAGGAGGCUUGGCAGGGGGCCCUAGAGAUCCUUAUUUGUUUAUAAUACAAUGUUGAACUAUUUAUGCAAUAUGCCUGGCAGGAGCAACAUCAACCUAUCUGUGCAAAAUACAUUUUCUGUUUAAAGGAGACAUCCCUGUACUCCACCACAUCACUGUUGUUUUUUUGUUUUUUUAAAUUCUUUAUUUUUGCUGUGCAUAUGUGUAGUAGAGGCAGGUGAGAGGUGCCCCAAGAGCAGUCCUCUAACAUUUCCCAUGCUCAACAUGUGGGGCACAAGAUAGACAAUUUUAUAUUAAUGUCAGGUAUAAAAUGUCAGGGUGAAAUAUUCAGAGGUGUGACAAAGGUAGAAAACAUGACACGUGCAAGUAUAAUAUUAACAUGGAGAUAGCAGGUUAGUAAGCAUCAUUUUCUGGUAUAACAUGCUAGAUUUAAACAGACUGAUAGCUUAAUUGUAUGCUUGCUUGCUUAAUGACAUGUUAGAUUAACAUAAAUCAGAGUAUUCCGGUAUUAAGUAGCAUAUAGGUAGGCAGUAAACCAUCCACAUGAGUGAUAACAAACAUUGCUUAAUGGGAUGUACAAUUAAAGGUUAUGCGUUAUAUGACAUUAUUGACAUUUCUAACCGGUUGGACUUAACAAGCUAGGUACAUCUCCUGAGUGCACAGUAGCAUAGUAUACAUUAGGUAGAUACAGAGCAAGCCUGCCCUAACACAGUCUCAGGCUCACAAGAUAAAUGUGCUCUGGUACUGCAGUUAGGUUUGAGUAUUUAGGCAUGUAGACAUAGGACUAGGUAAACUUGAGUCUGUACUAGACCUUGCUCUUCAGAAGUGAGAAGAAUCAAAAGCAAACAUACUAACUAAAUAAAUAACUAUAUAAACCACUGUGUCCCCACGCACCCAAUCACUGUAGAGUUGCAGUGUAGAGUAAGCCCUGCAGAGUUUAGAUUUAUAGAAUAGAGUGAUGAUAGGUAGGAACUCAAGUCCAAAUUAGUAUUUUGCUAGGUUAUAAAUAGCACAUUAGCGUAGGGUGGCGGCGUUGUCCAAUUAGGUAACGGCCACAAGUGGAUGGGGACCAGACCUGUAAUGUGAGUGCAGCUUCAGCCGACGCCAGUGCAUGGGAUCACUGUUUUUUUUAAUCUAAGAUGUUUAAUACAAAUUGCAUUUUUGUAGGGCUGUUUUGGGUAAUAAAAUGAUGAAACACUUCAGUCAACAUUUUGUUUUUUAUCCUCUCUGAUGUAAAUGACCAUGCACAAACCCCACUUUACUGUAGUUAUUGAUUUUGAUGGACACAGCUUUAUGAAUCAUAAUAAUUUUCAUAAGCCAGGCAUUGUCAGAAUUAACCAUAUUUCUUGGCUACAAACUGCCCAUUGUGCAGUAGUUGAUCGUAGCGCAUGUUUUUUAAACACUGGUGGAAACAUGCAAAUAUUGCCUUAAUUCGGUCACAGGUUUUCAUCGAUAUCUAGAAGCAUUCAACUAACCCUAGUUUAUAGACCUGCUACACAAUGAACCUAUCCUGGAAAUUGAAGAUGAUAUACAGCAAAAUAGGUUUUUGAGCAUUUUAAGAAAAAAACAAAAGACACACAUAAAGAAAACACAACAAAACACACACACAGAUAGAUCGUAGACUUAGCCACACUUUUUUUUCACCUAGAGAAAAUACACACAUUGACACACAUACAGAUGCAAACACUGAUACAGAUACACACUGGCACACAUACAGACACACAGAUACACUCACUGACAAACAUGCAGACACACACACACUAACACGCAUACAGAUAAACAGACAAACACACUCUGACAUAUAUGCAGAUACACACAAUAACACACAUGCAGAUACAAACACGGACACACAUGCAGUUACACAGACACACUAACACAUACAGAUGCACAGACACACACACUGACACACAUACAGGUACACAGACACACAUACCCAGAGAUACACAUAAAGUCACAGAGAUACACAUACAGACACACUGACACACAUGCAAGUAAAAAGACACACUUAAUGACAAACAUUCAGAUACACAAGAUGACACUCAUAUAGAUGCAAACAUUGACACACACAGAUUCAGAGGGGCACACACUGACACACAUACAGACAGAUAUGCAUACAGAGUAAGACACAUACAGGCACACAGAUACACAUGUAGACAGAUACACAGACACCCUUUUGCCUCGCGUUAAAGACGGCCCUGGUAGCCACAUCCUGUUAGUUUUGUUCCACCUGAUCUCCUGACAGAUUAGCGAUUUCCAGCUGUUUUUUAAAGUUUCCUUGUGUUUCUAGAUAUUUAGGAUUCUAGAAACUAUAACCCUCAAAGUUUGCUUAAAAUAUUUAAACCACUCAUGCUGAUAGGAAGUUACCAGCAGAUAUAUUGUGUAAAUAUUAGAAUUCUCUGUAUAUGGACCUCUCCUGUGGGGGUAAAAGCAGCGUUCUGUUGCAAUGCUUGUUUGUUUUGCUUCUCAGAGGAUGGCAUAGUUUUAGUAUCGUAGACUAAACUAUCUCUAUAGAACUGCUGGCAUUUUCUGUACCACAACCUAUAGAUUAUAUAUAAUAUCUUCCAAAGUAUCGCCGUGAUCAAUUUGUGACAGGUGCACAUCAUUUACUGCUUCUACUGGAUUUUGCAGUUUUUUUUGUUUUUUUUUGUAUUAUACAAUAUCUAGCACACCUGUUAUAAAAUGGUUAAUCUCUUGCAGAAUGUUAAGUAUUAUCAUAGCUUUACAGUAAAUAUUAAAAUAUUCCUGUUUAUUGGAGUCUGUUGCAAGCAGGAGGUUACUCUUAAUUACACCUGAAAAUGUUAUCUUAGAGUAAACAGCUAUUGCGUUUCCCAAAAUAACAGAAAAGGCCAGAUAUGAGAUUAGUCUAACAUAUUACUAAUUUUUAUUUAGUGGAAGUUUUCCAUACAGCUCCCCUCCCCUCAGAUUUGGUACUCUGUCCUGUGGGGAUGUUCCAGGCAAACUAGGUUAUAAUUUGUCCACAUUAUGUUGCCAAAUCAUUUGUGAUGUGUUUAUACAACUAUUGUUUUUCUUGUAUACUCCAUACAAUAAUCAUUUAACUAAUAACUCCACAAGAAAAAAAAAAAAAAAAAAGAACAAGCAUAAAACUUUAAGUUUACUCAAAAAACGGUAUAAACCAAAAUUGCCAAGCUGGGAAAAUAAUACGCUAGAUUAUUUUUCCAAUUAAAACAUUGCAGGAUUUUUUAAAAUUGUUAUUUUCAAAUUCACCAUUAUUCACUGUUCAUUAAAAAAAAACCUUCUGUUAAUCCAUGCAAUAGAAUGGUAAUGUAAACAAUAUUUUUGCUGUGCGUCGUUGAUAUGUGUUUCUAAUUAAAACAGAGGCAUGGUUACCCUAAUUAUGUCACCCAGGCAGAGGCAGGGUGUGAUAGCCUGCUGGCCAUGAAUCACAUAUGUACUACAGAUUUCAGAAGGCUGGCUGUGGAUGAUGGGACAUGUUACUCAAUAGCAGCCGGGGUGCUGAAGAUUGUAAAUCCAGAGGCUGAAGAUGCACAUGGCUAUAAAUGGAAUUUUUAUUUGCUGCACAACGUGGAAGCUGGCUGCCGAUAUUUUAUAUACAUAUAUGAAUGAUAUAAAUGACUGAAUGAUUUUUUUGAUUCCACGUGUCAGGCAGCCCCAUAUAUCUCAUAGCAAAUUAUGCAGAGGUAAUGUGCAAACCAGAUUUGGUCACCAUGGGACGCUGUAUGGCUCUUUGUAGUUCUCUGUGCUACCUUGAAAAUCACAGCAUGACUUUCUGCAUGACAUAGUUAUGAAAGAGUUAAGUGGAGUUUAUAUGUGGUUGCAGCAAUGCCUUUAUGUUCCUCCAUGUAUGAUUUUGCCUCUUCCUGACCACCCGCCCCUUCCCCCUUUUUCAACAUCUGGAUUAGUUUUACUUGAAAGGGAUUCUAUAAAUAGGUCUUCUGCACAAAGAAAGCAUAAUACCGCUCUGGGCUUUGCUCGGAUAUUUAUUUCCUUAUUGUAUGUUUUUAUAUAGCACUUCCUCCAGUGAGAUUGCGAGCUCUCCGGGAUAGGUAUUUACAUGUGGUUUGCACACACACACUAUAAUUGGACCAUGAAAGGCAUAUAGUGAAAUAAAAACAUUUCUUUAGGAAAAUACUCUUUCCUUUGGGAAACAAACGUAAUUGCGAUCAGUGGAAUGACAUGUCCUUGAUUCCCAAGUCUGUAAAUAACACAGUGCUACAAAAUGGUCCUAAUUUGCUAAACGGAGGGGGUUAGCUCAAUAUCGUGUAAUUAUAUUGAAUUGCUCAAUCUUGAUUUUUAUUUAGUUUGAAAUAAAUUUCCCUAAAUACCACUACUCUUAAAUAACCAAAAUCAUAACACCCACAGCCUUUGAAAAGUUAUGCAUUACUGAAACCCAGCAAAAAGGCCUAAUAUCACAAUUUAUAUAAUUAUCUAUGCGCAAAUUCCAACGAAUGGGGUAAACAUAUAAAUAUAUUGACCUUUGGGAGAAGGAGUAGGAGAUUUGUUGUAGGGAGGUGAAUGGGAGGAGAUCUAGGAGGCAAAAUCCUAGCGUCUAGCAUGCGUCCUAUACGUUGUAUACUAGCGUCUAGCAUGCGUCCUAUACGUUGUAUACUAGCGUCUAGCAUGCGUCCUAUACGUUGUAUACUAGCGUCUAGCAUGCGUCCUAUACGUUGUAUACUAGCGUCUAGCAUGCGUCCUAUACGUUGUAUACUAGCGUCUAGCAUGCGUCCUAUACGUUGUAUACUAGCGUCUAGCAUGCGUCCUAUACGUUGUAUACUAGCGUCUAGCAUGCGUCCUAUACGUUGUAUACUAGCGUCUAGCAUGCGUCCUAUACGUUGUAUACUAGCGUCUAGCAUGCGUCCUAUACGUUGUAUACUAGCGUCUAGCAUGCGUCCUAUACGUUGUAUACUAGCGUCUAGCAUGCGUCCUAUACGUUGUAUACUAGCGUCUACUAUACUAUACUAGCAUACGCCCAUGUUAUAAAAAAAUUCUCUGCUGUAUAUUUUACCCUAAAUUCCAAAUUCAGUUUUCAGUUAACUAAAAUAAUUUUUUUCACAAUCAAUCAAAAGGUUUACAGCGAAUAUGCAAAUCUAUAAAAUCCAGUAAAAACUCAUAAAACCCCAUUAAAGGAUAUAUAAGUCUAGCUCUCACUGCAAUUGCCUUAGGUGAUUUUUUUUAAUAAUGACAGAAUUAAAAAUAUUUUUUUUUUGUCCUCAGCACGGAUCUUCAGGUUAGAUGGAAUCAGAAUGCAAGUGUAGUCUUAAUGAUUUAUAAGGUUCCAUUAAAGGAAUUGCAGUCAGCAAUACCCAACGUUCCAGUAACUGUAAACGCUCUGGUCACUCUCUGCCUACUUACCAUAUGCAUCUGGAGUGACAGGUAGUCUCAUUCUGUGUCACUGAUUAGUUGGUCAAUCCAUGGUUUGCGGACAGUAUAGUUUUAUAAGCUCAGAUUUACAUAUUGUAACAAAAAAUAGCUCUCUCGUUGUUUAGAUAUACAACAGGAAAGAUAGCCUAUAAGUAGUGCUUACUAUCAAAGCUGUAUGGAACAGAUCUAAAGAACCUUUACUGAAUGUGUGUGCACUUAGAAGAAUGAGUUUACCUAAGAAACCAGACCUCAAUCUGUUGUAGAUUGUUGUAGUGGGUCUAGCACUAACCUGCCAAUGUUUUUUUAUCAUAAUUUUUUUUCUUUUAUUGCUGUGUGCAUAUAAAUAGGUGCAUGUAUCCUGUGCAGUUUGAUUCUUUUUAUACCCUUGUUAUAGCUGAUAAAUGAUGGUUACCUAAAAGAUAACAGACCCGCCAGCUUUUGUAAAACUACAACAACUGGAGAACCUGUUGGCCAACCCUGAGCUAAAUUGUAACCCUCCAUUCAAGCUGUUUAAUGUUGGCAUUUAAAGGUUUAUUGAUACAUUUAGAUCUUUCUGUUUUGACACUAAAGAUUUAUUUGGUCUCUGUUUACAGGACCCUGGUAAUGCCAAUCGCUCAUGAGUUCUCACCAGAUGUGGUCUUGGUUUCUGCUGGGUUUGAUGCAGCUGAAGGACACCCGGCUCCUCUCGGAGGAUACAAAGUGACCGCAAAGUGUAAGCAUAUUGGGGUGAAUUUAAAAUGUUGUGAAUCCCAGAAUGUUUUUUAGCUCAUGUCAGGCUUGUGAAAUCACAUUUUGUUUUUAACAUUAUUCAUAUCUCUUGCACUUGUAGUUCUUUGUGUGGGAUGGCACUGGGGAGUUUAUUCAAUAAGCAGUGACUUCCUAGACAAUUCUUAAUCACUGUAGACAUAGCUUGGCUACUUUACAUUUUGAUAAUCAGAUUUCAGCCCACUACUGUUCUGUGUUUAGUGUAAAAAAGUCAGAACAUUUUCUUGGCUUCCGGAUUGAUUACUCUACAUUGAGAGUUAAAGCCCAAAGUGAAGCUAUGUCGAAUUAAAAAGUAUACAUUAUGAAAAGACUUAUUAUUCCAAAUACUCUAGGCUGCAGUUCUUGUACCAAAGUGAGUGUGUGUGUAUCUCUCUUGACAUUAUCACAAUAAUAGUUAGCGUGCAAAAUAAAGAUUGUCUUGACGUACACAGAUUUUGUAAUUCAGUGAAAAUAAGAGGAAAAUUAAAAACCUUAUUUUCCCUUGCUUUUCUCUCCCCUGUCUGUUUUGUUUUGUCAGAAUGACUGUAAUGAACACACACAGAAAUUAAUAAAUGAGGCUUGUACGUGUGCACCACUGUUACUUAAAGUAAACUCCAAACAUUAGAAUUAUUACAUCCCACUUUAGUAGUUGUGAUGCUAGGCGUACCCUGACAUUGUUCUCCAGUAACGGAGAAAACCAUUUUAUAAUGGGUUCUGCCUGGCACCGAGUCUCCAGUCCUGCCAGGUGUCAUUCAUUUGGCUUUUGCAUAGCUGCUAAAACAGCUAUGAAAUCUUGCCAGUCCCUUAUUGGCUGAAAGCAUCAGCUGAGCGCACCUGUGCUAGGAAUAUGCAUAGAAUUAUCAUUAGCCAGCUCAGAAUUCUAAUUACGGGCUGGCUAAGUGACGUACCACUAACUCUGCUAGUGGUGGAGUUACACCUCUGACUGCAACAUUAAAUAUUUCCUAUUAAAAUAUCAUACUGGAACGUUGCCAUAUAGACUCCAAGCACCAUGACCACUUCAAAACACUUAAGGGGUCAUGGUUCUUGGAGUAACCCUAUAAAUUCCCUUGAGGUGAACAUGUUGCUGUAUGGCUGUAGUGUGCAUGGGUCAGAGGAUCCCAUUCAUAUCUAUGGGGAAUGCACUUGUGUGCUACUUUUCUAAUAGACGUUGACUGGAAAUCAGAGAAGGCCUGAGAUCUUCUAUUCAUUUCAUAACUGGAAAGGAUGUCACUGGAGCCUAGAGAGAAAUACUUCCUUGAAUAAUUUCCUUUUAAAUAAAUACAUAUAUUUUGAAUGUGUUUGAAAUAUAAAGCAUUAAAACAGGCAUUACAUAUGCUCAUUUUUGUUUUUCCUCCUUGAAUAAAACGUAAUUAUUGUGCGCUUUCUCAUUAAGGCUUUGGUCACAUGACACGUCAGCUUAUGAGUUUGGCUGGUGGACGAGUGGUACUUGCUCUGGAAGGCGGCCAUGACUUGACAUCAAUAUGUGAUGCUUCCGAGGCCUGUGUAUCUGCUCUCUUGGGAAAUGAGGUAUAAUUAUAAUGUGCUAUUUAUUGUGAAUAUCACAACUGUGCCUUGCUUUUUUUCUACCUGAUUAAUAAGCAUAAUAUACCCUCAAAAUAUACUAAUAGUAAUUGUUUUGCAAAAAACAACAACAAUUUAUUCAGUAACCUGCUCUUCUCCCCCAAUUAUUAAAUAGCAAAAACAUGGGGGGAAAAAGCAAAAUAUAAAGGUUUUUUUUUAAACUACAGUAUACAUGACCAUAAUGUGCUGUCAAAUAAAUCUUUGUUCCCAAACAUAUUUUUUUUUCUUUCUUACAAUAUGUGUAUGUGCUACAAUCUGUUACGUAUUAGCAUCUGACAUGUAAAGAAUAAACAGGUAACGGUUUUAAAAAGAUGGGUUUUUUUAACAAAGUCUCCUCUUUUACCAGCUGGAUCCUCUAUCUGAAGAAACAUUACGGCAACGACCCAACCCAAAUGCUGUGCGUUCAUUAGAAACAUGCAUUCAAGUCCAAAGUAAGUUCUUGUAGGGGGGUAAGACUCUAAAGGGUGGGUGCAUGUUUUUCGAAAGAGAAGCAUUUUCGCCAGAUAGAUCAGCCUGCCACGCAGUGCUCAGCAAUAUAAUGCGUGGCAGGCCAUUCCAGCUGGGAAGCACAGAAGGACUUUUCUACAUCAAUACAAAUCUGGAAGACAUAACUUCAAAGGGCUUGUCACAAGGCUCCCUGAGUGAUAAAUCAGUCACAAAUGUUGCCGGGAUUUCAUUUCAAUUAAUACCAGAACUUAAUGAGCAUUCAGCAGCUAUAGAAUGAUCUCAAAAAUAUGUAUAGAGUAGCCAAUUUGGCCAGGAUUGCUAAAAGCUUUCAGCAGGUCCCUGUAACUAUUCAAACCGCACAGCCCCCUUCCCCCCAUGCUUGCUGUGAUCGCCUUUGUAAGCAAGGAUGAUAUGGAUGUUAUGGUUGAGUGAAUUAAACUAGGUCAAUUUGUUUUUAUUGUUUCUUCAUCUACAGUGCAAGUUCUCAAAUGCAUUCGUUUCCAAAUCCAGAUUCAACCACUAUUGGCCUGUCCGUCCAUACCGUGAAAUGGCUUUCCUUAAUCAAAACUGCGUAAUUAGAUUUAAUCCGCUAAUUAUGCAGAUGUCUCUGACAACUAAGCCUCGAGGUCCAAGUAGUCUCCUCUGCUCAUCCUUUGCCUAAACCUCUGGCUCUAUAGAUGCUAAAAGCUCCUAGACAGGCUUAACAAAAUUAUCAUUACUUAGCCCUCCAUGUCUUGCUCACUUGUCAUCUAUAGCCUCAUUAACAAUUUCCCUUAUUUAUUCACUGCCUAGUCUAUGGGAUUUGUGACAUAUAUAUAUAUAAACUGCCACACAAACAGGUGGAGUGCUUGCCAUGCUUCAUCUCCUGCCUUAAGCAAAGUAGAACAUUCUAAAGUCAAGUAUGAUUAAAUACAGACCGUAAUCUGGAUAUCCGUAAGGAUGAUGUACUCCAAGUGGGAAUGUCACCUUGCUGUAAUUGCCCUCUGUAUAUUUUAUUGGCUGACAGAUAAAACCUUUGUCUAAUCAUGUUUUUGCUCAAGGUCUGAUGGAAUUUGGAGUCUAUAGACAAGCCGUUACUCAGAAAUUGCUUUUGUUUGCAGAUAGUGAUGGUUAGUGUGAGAGUUAAAGCUGUGAAGAAAUGUUUCUUAGUCCAUAGCUUGAUUGUAUGUAAGUAGAACAUUAGCUAUAUGACAUUCCUUGAGAGUAGCAUUUCUCAAUUGACUUAUAUCACAGAGUUAUAUAAUUUAUUUUCAUUUGACCAUCAAUGAUCUUUGGGCUUUGGGAAAUGAUUCCAUAACAUUUGCACAAGAACAAUAACUACAGUAAGUGGGGCAUGUUAUGACUGAAGUUUUUAUUACAGGUAAAUACUGGGCAUCUGUCAAACGAUUUGCAUCCAAGGUUGGCUACUCAUUUCUGGAAGCAAAGCAUGAUAAAGACGAGGUGGAGACCGUGACUGCCUUAGCAUCUCUGUCUGUCGGUAGGGGUUCUAUGGCUGCUGCUGGGAACAGGUAAAGAGACAUCUGUUUUUUUAGUUCUGAUUAGUGUAAACCUCGUCAAUGAGAGGAACCUCUUUUCUACCUCUGUGCUUUUCUGCUUUACCAGAAAUGAUGUAAUAAUAUAUUUGUUUUAACUGUUUGAUUACCUGAUAUGUGUAAUGGGCCAAUAUAGUACAAACAUGGUUAAACAGUAACUUUUAGCACUCACUACGAAAAUUAAAUAUUUGUGGAAUUCAUUUGAGCUCAUAAAUUGUUAUUGAUGAGAUUCCAUAUUUAUUAUAUAAACAAAAAAAUAAUGUGAUAUGGUGUGACAUUUGCAGUUCCAUUUAUAGAUUAAAUGUGUAGGUUUAAUGAGGCAUGUCACAGUUAAGGCCCUCAGUUUGUUCCGCACUCAGAUAAUGUUAUUUUGUAACCUAUUUCAAGUUUGUUUAGCAUUCCCAAAACAUGGUUAUUUGUGUCUCAUUUAAAGUUAUUCCUUGCUGAAGCUGACCCAAAUGCUGGUCUUCUCAUUGCCCUGAUAUGGAGUGCUGCACAUAUCACAUAAUGGUCUGUUCAGGAAGGGGGUCAGUCGGCUUUUAGUGUGUGAGAGUGUAGAGUGAUCCAGCCAUAAGUAUUUGUCUUUGUUUCUAUUUACCUUUGCAAGUAACUUCAUUUAUUUUAUUUUAGUAGUGAAACUACUAGCAUCUGUGUCUGCCUUUCCAUUUUCUGUGUUCAUGGACUGAUCUCUGUUUCUCAGUCUGUAUGCUUUUUAUUUUUUUAACCCUCCCAAAAGUUAGGGAGCACCCAGAGAAAUAGUUUUGCAAAGAUGUGGUAAAAAACAAAGCCAAAGACCUUGCAAUUAAUAUCCAUCUUUCUUUUCACAGUGUUCCUCACGAAGAACCAAUGGAAGAAGACACGCCAAUGAGUCUAUGA